GGAGCUCAUUCAGGCGGUGUGGGACUGCGUGUGUGAGUGUGCGUGAGAGAGAAAGUUUGAGUGAGAGUGUUUGUGGGGAAAAGGACUGAGGGGUCGCAGGAAACAACCUAGCAGGUGAGUGCUCCAUCUUUUUCUUCCGUCUAUCCUAACGUGACUCUCACACGCACGCCCCAGUGAACUCAAACAGCGCGAGUCACUGUUCCACACUGACUUUAAUUACCGUAAUAUUCCGAUAGGGGCAAUAAGUUUAUGCUGAUGUUGUGCUCACGUCCCUCAGCAUUAAAGUUCUGAGACGGUAAUUCUCCUACAGCACAACUUCAGUGCAUUAACAUCUAAAAAUUCUCAUUAGGGCUCCACUUUCUCACACAGUCAUGCCCUUAUUCUGGCAGUAUUUAUCUUCAGGACUAUUAGGCUAACCUACCGUCUCAGACCACAUGUGCAACUCUAGCCCAAUUGAUACUGAGCAACAACCAGUUUCCUCCAUCUGAAAGUCCUUUUUUUAUUAAAGAGAUAGCUCCAAACUUAACUACUGAGCUUGUUGUAAGUAGCCUAGUAUAGUUAUCAGUGAAAAGUAUGGAGACCCUGAAGGUCUACUGCACACACUUAUUAAAUGCUUAAAAAAUUACUAAAAACCUUUGACUAUGAAUGUUCCAUGGCAAGAAAAAAAAAACCUUUAACACACUGCAGUAGUUCCUUAUGUAAUAUAUUUUUUAAAAUUGCAAAACGGUUUCAGUAAGAUUGAAUGUUACAACUACUUUUUUGUGUUUUAUGAAAUGUUUUCAUACAUUUCGGAUUAUUUUUAUGUGUUACAAGGUAUAUUUUUGUUUCUCUUGUGAAACAAAAAUAAAAAAAUACGAUAUUUCUAAAAAUUGUGGGACUUUUUGGAUUUAACCUUUUAUAAAAUAUUUUGUAUAUUUGUUUUGUGGUUUGUAAAAUGUAUUUGGUGUUUAAUGUAGGCUUAUGUUUUUGUAUUUUGUGAGCACUAGUUGCUGUAUUUGGGUAAAGUCUUGUUGUUGUUGUUUUAAUUUCCUCCUUAUUUGGCCAGCCAGGCUAAUCACAUACUAACACAGUCCUUGUAGACUGUACAGGUUUUCACUAUAUUUCCAGUUUUCUUCUGUAAGAUACAGUAUCUGAUAUUUAUUUUGAGCCUUAAACAACAAAUUUGAUAUGGGAAAUGAAUCUCAAAGACUGUCUCCACCUAAGGUGUUUUUAUUUUUUGAUACCGUCUAAAUGUGGAGAAACGUUUUCAAGUGCACACCUGGGGGCCCAGUAAAAGGUGUGUAUUCAGGUGGAUUUUGUGAUGUCAUCCAGAAUGGAGUUUACCAAAGUGCAAAUCAAACACAGACAGUUAAUUAUAGCUGACUGUAAACUUUAAAAAAUAUGAUGUAAUCUUUUGGCCAAACAUGCAUUUGGGACCAAAUCAAAGACAAGGGUUUGAAAGCUGCCUGAACAUGUGAAGAGGAAACUCAGGAAUCUGUUGUCUUGCAGUGCUUGUAGGCUGCAAGUGUGUGUAUAGUUCUGCACUCUCCACUGGGUCACUCAUGCCCAAGAGCAGAAAUCCUGACACUGUCGCACACAUUCCUACCAGAUUAACCAGCAGCAAGCUGAUGGAGUGCUCGGCUCAGAUUUACAAACUGAGAUUGCAUGAAGGUUUUUUUUUUUUUUUCUCAAAAAGGCAGGAACUUUUGACAAAAGUUUGCUGCUUCUUAGAUCCAUGCCAUUGGACCUACACCAGAAACAUAGACACACUCACCUGUUCUGGAUGCUGCUUUGAUUUUUUGGGUUAGGGGUGUUCAUAGAGAAGGGACCUGCAUUUGUUUUUAUGAAAGAGCUUUUUGAUUAAAAAAUAAAAAGCACUUACUGAAAAGAGGACUAAUUAGCAUUUAUUUCUUGUCACCAGCUUGUCAGGGUAUUUAGAACUGUGUUUGGAGGCACAGGUUCCCAUGGUCCUUGAAGGCUUAGUCUAACUUUAAUCAGCUCAAGAACCUGGCCUCUCGCCCUGCCGCUGAGAUCAACUCUAACCUGAAGGUUAAGAGGAUACACGGGGCGCUCAGACCCCAACUGGCCAUGUGGACCAAAAGCGGGGACACUUGCUGUUGCCUGUUUUACCUCUUUAUUAACUGAGAUUAGAUCAACCAGUGAACGGGUGUUGAUAGCUUAUGUUGUGUGCAAAGGAAUAUGUUGUCUUCUAAGGACUGCACAAGACUGCAUGAACAGUAUGUCUCAAAACAUCUCCUGGUCUGUUUAAUGGAACAAAUUCAGAAUAAAGUAUUUUUACCUGGGACUGAAAGCCAGUGAAAGAGAUUAAACUUAUACACUAUAAAAGGUCUUAUGAUAAUCAACCUGUGUGGGGUUAUUUUGAUCAAAGUUGAUAUAAUUUUCCAGAAGUAGUUCCCCUGAUUACUAAAUAAAACAGAAUUUGAAGUGAACUCCUCAAUAUGUAUUAAACGAUGGAUAUUUCUGUUAUAGGUCCAUAGUGAGAGCAUUGGGGCCUAUGUCCACCUACUGUUUUCAUGACAAAGUCAUUGUUGUCCAGUGUUUUAGAUUUCAGCAUCAUUUAAUGACAGCUGUUAUCUGCUGUUGUUCUGACAGAGCUCUCAAAAUAGUUCAACUUUUAGGACACCGCUGCGCACAUCAGUGUGGACCACCAUAUCAGUGAAUUUCUGAUAUGGUUGUGGCUCAACUUAAUCUACAAAGUGUAUUUAGACAGACUGAGCAGUCACCACCAAAGAAAGCAUUAGUUCCAAGAGGAAACUUUUGUAACACUAAAAAGUGCUUUUAAGCCGAGGCUGUUGGUGCUGCCAGGGCAUAAAACGCUGUUAGUGCACACAGGCCCGUCAACUGACCGACUGCUGUAUACGUACACUACAGGCCAAAAUUUUGGAAGCAAGAUCAGAUUUGUACAAAAAAAGAUCAUAGUUUCAUAUUUGCAACACAUGUGUAAAGAGUAACUUAUCAGAAGAUAUUUUGACUGUAAUUAUUAGGAAUUUGAGUUAUUGUUGCUUAGACUUUGCUUUCUUUAAAGUAACCUCCUCUGGCUUUAACAACAGCUUGGCAUAUACCAGGCAUUCGUUCCACAAGUUUUUUAAGGUAUGUUCCAGGGAUUGCAUUCCAGGCUUUCUUAAGUUCAUUAAAAAGAGACUGCUAAUUCGUGGGACAUGUUUUUCUGACCGAUCGAUCCAAUUCAUCCUGCACAAGCUCAAUUGGAGAAAGGUCUGGAGACUGAGGGGGCCAAACCAUCUUUUGAAGAACACCUUCCUCUUCUUUUUUGUCUAGGUAACCCUGACAGAGCUUGGCAGAGUGCUUAGGGUUAUUGUCUUGCUGCAAAACAAACUUAUGAGCCACAAGUCUUAGUCCGGAUGGAGCAGCAUGGUGCUGGAAGAUGGAGUGGUGCUGUUCCUUCUUCAUGAUACCCUUUUCUUCAAACAAAUCUUCUACUCUAUCACCUGCAAAACAUCCCCAUACCAUGGAACUACCACCUCCAUGCUGAAUUGUGGGUGUAACACAUGGUGCUUUCAGACGUUCACCAGUUUGUCUGCGGACAUAGACUCUGCGUUUUGAACCAAACAGUGCAAACUUGUUUCUAGUCAUCAUAAGUCCAAUUUUUGUGAGCUUUUGCCCACUCUUUUUCUUGUUCUGUGGACGAAGUAGUGUGUUUUUGCAGAUACACGACCCUUCAGACCAGCCUUUCUCGAACGUCAUUUCACGGUUGUCAGAGAUAUGGGUUUCGACCUUGUCAUGUUGAUUUUCUCCCUUAUUUGUGGUGCUGUCUUUCGCCGAUCUCUCUUACUGGUGACAAUGCUCAGUUGCUUCUUUCAGCUAUUUUUGCGGUAGUUUGAAUUAGGGUUGGGAAUCGAGAAUCGAGAAUCGAUGGGAAUCGGGACUAAAACUUCGAUUCUUCCGGUAUCGUUCAAAUAUUAAAAUUUCGAUUCCAAGUUUCGAUGCCAGAGUCCGCCGACCGGAAGAAAUAGCCGCCGAAAAUCAACGAAGAAGAAGCCGCUUAACACCAACGAGGACGGAGCGUAUGAGACAAAGCCACACAGAGAGAGGAGAGAGACCGAGAGUGAAAGUACAUUGUAACCCACAGCAAUGCAGCCGCUGUGGGUUACAAUCUCUCUCUGUCUCUCUCCUCUCUCUGUGUGACUUCGUCUCAUACGCUCCGUCCUCGUUGGUGUUCGGCAGCUUCUUCUUCGUUGGUCAAAAGUUUGGCUAACUUUAGCAGGAAGAAUGAACUCUUAUCUCAAUGCAACAUUAGCAAUACAGUUAUAUCAUGCAAAGGAGGGUAAACGACCAACAUGAUUAAACACCUCAGGAUUCAUGGAGGAGAAAUACCCGAGUGCUCGUCUUUGACGCGCUUCGCCGGUGUUGUGUCGUAGAAUGCACCCCUGACGGGAGCGCGGUUGAGAGUACACAACAAGGCGAAACAAUCCAAGUUUUUCUUACCGUUGGACGGAAUCUAAAGCGUGUGCCUUUAAUGAUUUCAUUCAGGCUAUUCCGAUAUGCCGAAAACAAUAGCCCUCUGAUUCGGAAUAUUUACUGUCCGGAAAAUAUAAUGUUCUCUACAUUAACAGCUUACUGUACAGUUUAUAUACCCAAGUACACCUUUAUGUGUGCAUUUUUGAGACACAUACAAACAAAACGAAAGUUUACUGCUCCAUUUGACACGUUUUCAUGAUCUAAUACCCGUGUUUUAUUAAAUAUGAGAUCAUAUUUCUUCCACUUUAAGAAGCUAAUCAGUGGAGGGGAGGCAUUCUACGGCAGGGGUGCAUUCUACAGCACAACACCUGUCUUCCGCUAACCAGUCAGGAUCAGAUAAGUGAAACAAUAAAUUACUUCUGUCCUCUGCUAACUUUGAAGCGGUAAACAAAUUGAACUGUGUACGGUGAGUAAACUUAAAUAUCCACCUAACGUUAGCCCUUGUACUUUUUCAUAGACAAACGACCUGAAAACAAAAAAUGAUAUUUAUAUACUGGUUGAAAAUAGCUCUGUGAGAAAUUCAUAGUAAAGUUCCUAAAAUGUUAAUAGGAUUUAAAAAUUCAUGGAGAAGUUCAGAAAUUUCAUCCAAAAAGAAGAGCCCCGGUUAGCACCCUCAUUCAAACCAUGCUUUUUUUUUCUUUUUUCUUUUUGAUAUCCAGCCUUUUAAAAGAAUCGAAUUAGAGAAUCGAUAGGAAUCGGAAUCGAAAUGAGGAAUCGAAAUUGGAAUCGGAAUCGUUCAAAAUCAAAUGAUACCCAACCCUAGUUUGAAUGCAGUUGAGAUUUAUUAGGAUUUUUGUUUUCAGACUCUCAAAAGCCAAAAAGUUGAAGUGAAUAAUCCAACUGUGAUUUGUUUUUUUGCUUUUGCACUGAAGUUGUGACUCUUGCAAAUGUUUUCAACCCUAAAACUAGGCCUUAUUAUCUUUUGCUAAAAUAUAUUUAGCAAUGGUCUGUUAACAUCAAUGUAUAUCUAAAGGUAAAUUGAGUAAAAUGGUGCAUUUCCAUGAAAGCAACAUCUGAUCAUGGAGUAAAUACAUCUCAAAAUACAUAAAACUCAUGCUGGAUUUUAAAAAAAGCAUUGUGACCAAAAACUUUAAGUUACUCCCAACUGUUCGGCCUGUAAUGGCCUUGCUUCCAAACUUUUGGCCUGUAGUGUAUGUCUCCAGUAUAUUCUUUAGUAAGCCAUUCUGUCGACUCUAAAAGUUGAUUAAAUGUUGCAAUGCAAACCCACAUCAUUACCUGAAGUCCCACUGGUGCAAUAGACUGAGUAAGACGACAAUUGUGGAGGUCAGGUAAGAGUGUUUUUCUCAGAGAGAGAGGAUGUUCAUGUGGUUUAGUUGUGGCGUGUGUGCCUCAGUGCUCAGAUAAUCUAUAGAUCAGGAGGCCUCUCUGGAGACAUCUCACUGCUGUCGGCCACCUUGAGCUCUAUCGGUGGGGCUUUGAUAUCUGAGCUUCUGUCAGGGCCUGUGCAGGCUCAGACUCAUUAUCAUUUCCCCUGAUGUAAAUCAACUCCUUGUUUGUCGCACAAUGACAAGAGGGACUGAUUACAGCUACAUGUCCUUUUCAGGCCUGUCUCUUUUGGCUCUGUUUGUCUUGUGUUCAAGUUAUGCAGUUAUUUAAAGUAAUAUUUCUCAGACCCAAGGAUGUGAGACUGCAUCUUUUUAAUGUCCUUUUAAAGAUGUUGGUUUGUUGUCAUAUGCUACAUUGAAUUAAGACCUUUCUGUUUGUCUUAUCGAAUAUGCAAUAACCUAUUUCUAUUCUACACUUCUUAUUUUUCUCCUUUAAUAACACUAAUGGGUGUUGUAUCAUAUAAUCACUGGAAAGCCUGAUUAGUCACCUUUACAAUGUGGUAGACGGUGUAAGGGUGGUGCUUCUGUGGAAUGACCAACACAGUGAAACAUGUGGUUAGUGUCCCCCCCCCCCCCCCCCCCCAAAAAAAAAAAAAAAAAAAAGUUUUAAAAUUGUUUAAUUAAAUAAUUAAUUAAUUAAAAUAAAAUAAUACAAUAAAAAAAAUUCGGGCUAUUGCAGAGACUGGCCAUGUGCAGUUUGUUCCUCACCAUCUGAUCAGAGGUCUGUCUGCGGUCUUGCCUGCAAAUCUCUGGAAAAAGCUUUAUUGUCCGUCAGUGAGGCAAAGGUGGGGAACUGGUCUUCUUGGGUUGUUGUCUCUCUUCGACGCCCUCUUCGCGGUUUGUCUUUUACUCCACCAGCCUCAUGGAACCGGAACCUAAGUUUGGAAGCAAAUUGUGGAGGUCUGGCAGCAAAUACUGCUGCCACUCUUUGGGACAUACUUGGGUUUGUACAUCGUAUUGUCUCUCUUUCUCAGUGACUCGGAUGGUUGACCUCUUUGUGUAAUGAGUGGCUGUAAACUUGGAAUAUAAUUGCAAUCAAACUAUGCUGCAGUUCCCUUGCAGCCUUCCUGAAAAGCAGUGACUCAUGCUUGCUGACACAAAGCAAGAGUCUUUUUUUUCCCUCUUUCCAAUCUGGUGUGAUGAACUGUCUUUGUUGAUCUCCAUGAGAAAUCUUUGCUGUUUUAGGAGUGUUGUUGUCCAAUCUCCAAUCUGCACAUACACAGCAACAAAUGUGCACUCAGAAUUUUAUACUGGAAACAUGACAUCAUUCAAAACAGGAAAAUGCAGUUUGUGUUAACUGAGAACAUUUGCAAGAAUCCCGCCCAUCACAGGAAGUUUUCCCAAGUGUUGAUUGCUCCUCUGGUUUUUAGGUUGUCAAACCCAUUGUCAUGAACAUGCUAACGUAGCCAAAUUGUUGAACAUGAAAGCCUCCUAACUAGAUCAUUUAAAUAGAAUACAUGUCAAAGUGAGGGAAACUAAUCUAAACUACUAGUUAUAAUUGCUGAGUAACCCAUAGUUAAUAUGAAUUAAACUAACCGACCUGAUUCAGGGUUUCAAGGUCACCAUAAUGUGAGGGGUGCAUAUAAAUAGACUGUGCUCUUUUCUGGUCCUCCCACCUCUCCUAAGCACUUUAACACAACACUUCACAUGUACCUAUUCACACACACUGCCACACGCUAACACUGCAUAAAAUGUCUACAUUAAGUGACACCAUUCAUAUGCAGUGGAUAAGCAAUUCAGGGUUCAGUUUCUUGCCCAAUGGCUCAUGCAAGAGCUGCCAAUCAAGCCACCAAUGUCACGACUUAAAAAUCAUGCGAUGUAAUGUCAACAGUGUGAUGGCAGACAAAGCAACUGAGACCUGCGGUGAAGGUUUUUCUUUUGAUAUGCAGAUGUCUUAUCACUUCUUUUCUCAUAAAUGAAUACCGUCUUCAACCUUGGUCGUUUUUGUUCACUCUGUCACUCUGCUUGUUUUUUUUUGUCAACUUGUAAGUGGGACAUUUUAAAGAAGCCCCCCCUGCUUUGUUUUCAGCAGUUCAUCCCAACUUCUUGUUUAAGUUUCACCAGGAGGCAGACAGGAAAGUGUCUGAACUGAAAAUGUGGAGGAUUUUCAGCAGUUUUGCGCUUAUACAACUUUAUACUGUGAACAAUGACAAGGUCAUUCACACUACGGAAAAGACUGCUGCGCUCUGUUUUUAGAUAAUUAAUUUCUAUUCUCAUUUUUUAAAUUUGCAGAUAAAAAUGUACAUAAAAUCUGUUGUUUUCACUGUGUUUCACUGCUGCAUAUUGAUAAUUUCCUGGAGAGGUCGUUUGAGUACUUGACAUUAUGCCUGUAUAAUGAUUGUCUCAAUUGUUACCAAACCAUGAGACCAGCAUGUGGCUGAGAGUGCAGGUAUUACAGACACUCACACACCUUUUCAUCCAGGUUACCUUCAGUGAUCCUUUUGAACUUAGCACUGCUGUACCUACAUGAACCAGAGAAGCAGCUACACUCACAGACACCCUCACAGGGCCUCAGGCUGAGACCUACCACAGUUCAUUUGUCAGUGUGGGAUCUUAAAAAAACUAGCUGUUAAUUAUCAGUGAAGUAUUGUCUGUGUUUGAAGCCUGCAGUCAUUUGAAUUUAAGCUGUAAGAUAAGACACGUGGCAAACACAGAGUGUCUGGUACUAAUGAAUAGUAAACAAUAGGAGUUUCCUUAGCAUUAAAGUUACCAAACUCAAGAGACCUUUAAAUCGUGCAGAAAAUCACACAAGGUUUCAUACAGUAACUGUUAAAAGAAAUGUGUUCCCAUCUGUGUGAGGGUGGCUCUUGUGGUUUUUACCUUUGCUUCCUAAUGAUGACUUUCAGUUCAUUUCUCACUACCUGCAAAAGCUGGUAAGAGAUGUUUUGGAAAUGGCAGGAUGAGUGUCAAACAGUAAUUUCCUUCCUGUCUGGAUACUAAACUUCCCUGCUGUAUAAUAAAGAUGAUAUGUGCAGCGUCAGGUGCAAGUUGCUGUACUUUCAUUUUCUACAGUUGUUGCCUGGAGCGAGGCUCAAAGCUCAGUAGUGAAGCGGCAUAAAAAAGACCGAUAAUUAUAGAAAAUGACUUUGUCUUGUGAAGAGACAGGAGUGAAUUUGUGUCAGUUAAGUGUGAUAGCAGGUUGUAAAUUGGGUCACACUGUCAGGAAGACUCUAUUAGUGUCAUAUUUUCAUUGUUUGCAUGUCUGAUUUGUGGCCUCGUAUGUUUUCUCCUGCCAGGCUUGUCUUCUCAAACCCCGAGCCACAAUCUCAAAGUUGCAGAGUUCAUUUGCACCUCUCACCCGCUCAUUCCCUGACUUUCUAGUCCAAACACGAGUGCGGCGAUUGCGUGGCUUGUUUGUCUGCUUUGACUUUAAUCAUCCCAAAGGCCAUUGUCUGAUCAUGCCCUCACGUGAGCUCUAUGUGGAAGUCCAGGGUGUGUCCUGAGGUUAGUUAAAGAUUGACUCCUAGAAUGAGUCACUUCAAGACCCUGAACGGCCAAGUGGAUUUGGAUUGUUGAUAUUGGAUUAAAGAAAGCACAAUAUAGACAGAAAACAGCACAAGGUAGAGCCCAACCAAUGUUAAAUUUUUAGACUGAUUACUUUGGAUUGUAUAGAAAAAGAUGACCACUAAUGAUCAUUUUUAAGCUGGAGUAAAAGUAGACCAUUUUUUGCCUGGAUUGUGAGCCCAUUUUGCACCACUUUAACCAUAUACAACGAGACUUAGGAAGCUGUUUUCUUACACUAACAACCUUGUAAAUGAGUGUAUAAAUAUUACACAGUAUUAGUAUUUUUCAACGAAUCGUGGUGCAUAAAUUGUCUGCUAAGCCGUGAUGCUCCUGUGCAUGUCCUGCAGACAGAGAGCAGAGUAAACUAUUGAGUCUGACCACUCUGCUUUUCAAGCUCUCUGUUGACACCUUUUCGUAAAUCAUACCAUACACUGUUAUCGGUAUUUUAGAUUUUUUAUGUUGCAAGAUGUGGAAAACAUAUUUUCAAAAUAAACCAUACCUAUAGUAUGUCAUUGAAAAUAAACAGUAUUGGUUUAGCUCCAUUGUCAGGGCUUGCAACUGCAGGUCCCAUGGAAGCAUCUCUAGUAAACCAACUGAUUGGUUGAUGGGUCUGUUUUCUUUCUACAUUCCACAGUCACAACACAAGUCAUCCAAGGACAGUUUAAAGAGCAUGUGUAGAUUUAAAUAGGGACUAAGAGAAAACUAUCAUGGUCAAGCAUCUGGUAACAUCUGACAACAGUGGUAAAGAAACACUUCCUUUGAACGGGCACAACUAGACUCUUUGGUAAACAUUAAACAACCAUCUGUGUGUUUUAUAGAAGAAUAGACAAUGCAAGAAGCCAUCAGCCAGAAACAAUGAAAGCUGAAGUUCCAGGAUGUAGUAAGAUUGGCUUUGCUCAUGAUAUGUUGAGGUGUUGCAGUAGAAUUUGGAUCAUAAAGUUAAGCAACCCAUUUGCACCAGCAAAGGAAAAUCUGUGGUGUGGUCACCAAACUGUACACAGGUGAUCUGCAACAAAGACUGAGUAAGCAAACCUUACUGGUUUACUGUGUCUGGUUUCAGGACAGCUGUAUUCAAGAUCUGAGCCAUUAUCUCUCUUUGAUAGGGAAUCAGUCUUUUCCUGUCAGAUGAAUGAAUCAGCAGAGCAAAUCUAUUCAGACAGCAUUAUGAGAUUGUGUUCAUCCCCACCUGUGAUGAUUUGGUAAUGUCUGCAGAGGAUUAGGAAGUUGUUUUAAUGGUUUUAUUUUUUAUGCCUUACAUGCUGGUUAAACAAACUUUGUUCCAGACACAGCACUUGUGUGGUCUUUCCAUGAAGUCAAGCAGAUAAUUCUUUAAUUUUUUAAAAGGCCAGUGUUACUUUGGACACUUUUUAUCAGUGUUAUACCUGCAGGUGAUUGUCCAGAUGACUGCCUGAUAUUUCCUUCAUAAUGUCUGACACUCUCACUGUCAGUUGUACUUAAAAAAAAUCCUCAUGUCGUCUGUCUCAUAAGCUUGCUUUCUGAAAGUGACCUCUCACAAUGAACCUAUUUCGUGAAAAAAAAAUUAUAUUUCUAUGUUUUAAUUCUUGUUUGGAUACAAUUUAUAAAGUAAAUGAUUGAUUUUAACUUUAAAGCUCAUGCAGGAAACUUUUAGUUUGUGUCAGAUUUGGUUGCUUGCCUGACAUCUACCUCUUUGCAUUGAUUUACAGCAUUAAAAAAUUACGGUAUAAAACUGUGAUAGUCUUCUUUGUGUUUGUAUCCAAUAAAAAGGCAGCUCCUCACUGGAGCUCUGGAUGAAAUCAAUGUGCCUUGUGAUAGGAAAAAAAGGUUGGCUAUUUUCAAGAAAUGUAAAUACAGGAAAAUACAUCAAAAUGCAAUGCAAGAUAUAUCGAGCCAUUACUAUUACUCUAGCUAUAAUGCAUAGAUUGUAUAUAGAAUGGACAUCGUCUGCCUCCUCACUGGGUGAAGCCUCUCCGAGAACAUUGCCCUCUGGUGACAGGCUGUAGUAUAGGUCCUCAUGGAGCUGUAGACAAACUUUAGAAAUUAAUUACACAGAAUAUAACCCCCCCCCCCCUUGAUGUUGACAUGUAGUUACUGUAAGACUGGUUUGUGCUCAAGUCCUCUUUUUUUCAGUGCAGCUCCAUUUUUUUUUUUUCAGUUUUGAGGGGGUUCAUGUUUUCUAUGAUUGACACUUGAUACAGCCUAUGUGUAUACAAAGAUUGCAUAGCUCACCUGGGGGAUACACUGUUUGAGCCGAGCAUCAUCACAGUGACUCCCUCACCGAACGUACAAAGCUACAGCGCAAGUGGUGGUAUCAGGAAGAGGAGAAAAUCCCGGAAAUACUGAGAGCAAUACGGCCUCAAAUUUGUAUCAUGAUGGAAGGUGGAACCUAGUUGUCCAUAGUAUAUACAGACUAUGCUAUAAUGCGAGGAAUGUUAGCACCAGACACAUAGAGGCUUUGGUGUAUAGAGAGCAAAAGCAGGUGGGACAUAAACUGUGAUAGAGACACAGGUGGAAUGGCAGCUCAGAUUGUCGUCUUCUUUGUUUGAUCUUAAACUGCUGUUAAAUUAACUUCCUCUCUGAGCUCAUCUAUCCCGCUCUUAUUUUACAGUACUUUGAAAACAGUGACUCAAGUUGCACCGUAUCAUCGUUGUCCUUGGUUGCUCGCUCUGAGGCCUUUUGUUUGAUGUGUACACACACUAAGACACACACAGGGUUGGGCUUAUCUUCUUGGGUUCAAGGAUACGGGAGUCUGAGGUUGUUUGGACUAGUGUCUCCAGAUUUGUCUGACUGCUUGACAUAAGUUAUGGGGGUGGCAAUGAACUUUCUGCAGGGUUUCUCUUAUCUUGUUGUAGUGACUGUGCGCAUUUGUCUUUGCAUCUCAGUCUUUGCUCAAGGUUUAGGCCGACCAGGUACAGUUUGACUUUGGAUUUCUGUUAUUUGUUUGACUUUUAGAUGACACUACUGUCUGAUCUGGAUGGCUGCAUAUCUAUAACAGCAUCAUUAAAACAUGUUUGUGUCUGUAACAUAAAGUUUCCUCAGAGGAAGAAGUUAAAGUCAAAGUGCAGUGAUGGAAAACUCUUCAAGUUAAGGUUUUUAAACAUUUCAUAUGUUGAAUGUUUCUGUAGAAUUUGUACCAGAAGCUCUGGCGUCCUCCUCGUGGUUGCUGCAUAACAUGUUGAGCCCCUACAUCCCCCUCUUGUGCAGAGUUCAAAGGUUACAUCACCAGAGGGCUGUGAAUGUGGAAGCUGCUUUGUUCUCUCUUUUAGUUUUUCUUAUUUUUUUUUUUUGUGCAGCCUGAAUCACACACAUUCAUGCUUACAACCCCCACAUGAGCACAGCAUUACAUCCAAAGACACAUAAAUAUGCACUUUGCUCUGUCAAACCUGGCUUUCUCAUUUUAGAAAAGAAAUUUAAAGUAACCAAGGGAUUUGUAAAUGAAGUAAAACUUCUGUGAAUUAAAUAAAACAUCUUAACAUAGAGUCAAAGUACAAAACACUUGUUGGCUAAAUGAAGGGACAUUUAUUACCCCCUCCAAGGAGGUUAUGUUUUCGGUAGCGUUGGUUUGUUUGUCUGUUACCAACUUUACGGAGAAAGUAACAGACGGAUUGACCUGAAUUUUCACCAGAGGUGCGUCUCAGCCCUAGGAGGAUCCCCUUAAAUUUUGGUGGUGAUCCGGACAAAAUUCUGGAUACUGUGAUCCAGAACACACAAAAGUAAGGGUGUUGUUGGAAUUUUCAAUGCUGAAAGAUAACUAAUGGGUGGCACAGGGGUGCAGAUAGGUGGCACAGUGGUGUAGUGGUUAGCACUUCGAAUCCCGGUCCGGUCUUGUUUAAGGGGGGACAUGAGCUGCUUGGCGGAGGUCUGCACUCUCCUAGUGCUUUUCUAGUAAUGCUGAUAAAAUAUGUGUUCAUAUUUUUCUAACCUACACAAACCCAAGUAUUAAAAGAUGACUCCUACCUGCAGAAAGAUUGACAAGAGAAGAAACCAUCAUGAACUUUGUGCAUUUGUUUUGGGUGCAAAAGAUCACAAAAUUCAUGGUUUGGUCCAUUUUUUGGAUCCUUUAAAUCCAAAAAAUGGAUGCACCACCCCUGUUGUUGAGAGCUAGCCCUUCACUAGCUUGUAGCCUGACAUUGCUGGUGCAGCAGAAGUGGCAGGUAACACAGGAGCUAUUCAGCUCUGAGACACUAAUGUCUUUGGAGACAUAAUGAAAGUAAAUAUCAUAAUCAGCUUUCUUACGAGCGUUACAAUCUGCUAACACUUAUACUUGUUUAGCGAUCUACUCAGCAGGGCUCCGGGGGUGGAGCUUGGUUUUGUGACGUAGGAAAUCUCACUGUACCUGAGCCUGCCAUUUGGGUCUGCCAGAGGCUCACAGUGAUUUAAAUGCAGAUAUACUCAAAAAUGCAAUUUUGCACUUAUUUUUCUCAUGAUAUGUCCUGUAGCAUCAGAAAAAUUCCAUAUGAACAUUAAGACAACAAGAAAUACAUGAUUUUUAUUGGAGUGGGUCAGUAAUGGCUUCUUCUAAGAUUAAAAUAAAAGCUCAAGUCUUGAUAUUAUAAAGUCUUCAAACUUUUAAAAGCUCAAAAUGACAAUGAUUUUUUUUGAUUCGCAGCUUGUGAUAAAAAUGUUAGCAUUGAGAGCUUUAUUCCAUCAAUUAAUUUAUGACAGUGAAAAUAUACUUUACUACAAGCUAAUUUUGUUAUCUAAUUUAGUAGGUAUAAUCACCAAAAUGAAGCCAAAUCUCUUAAACAAAAAAAUAAAUAAAUAAAUAAAAAACAGGCCAAACCAUUUAUUUUUACGACUUAUAGUUUUGUUUUGUUUUUUUUUCAUUUUGAGGAAUUUCAAUUUUUGUUUUUAAAGAGGUUUUAAGUAGCAUACAUGCAUGUGACAAGGGUAAUAGGUUUAAAUAAUUGCAAUAUCACUAUCAAUUAAGAUAAUCAUGAUUAUGAGUUUUGCCAUCAUUGAGAAGCUAUAGUAUGGAUGAUGAGGUUUUUUCUAGAUCUGUGGGUCUCAUCAUGCAUCAACUGUUGUUUAUGGCCUGAACAGAUCCCAGACCAACUGUGAUCUAACUGCACAGCUAGCAUUUGCGUUUGAUCGACCCCCAUUGCCCUGUUCAAUGCUUUGACCGCUUGUCACAUCUUUUUUAAUCUCACUGGUGUUGACAAGCCUAAAGUAACUUGAAAAAAUACUGAAGUGAAACCUCCACAUAACUUAGGCCUGUUGUCUGUGCUUUCUGUUUAAGAUUGUACCUUUUCUGUGACUUUCUAACUUGCCCAUUUCAGCAGGGUUGCAGUUUAUAGUAGCAAAUUGUUCAAAAAUGUUUUGAAAUCUUCAGACUAACUCUGAUGAUUCCUCUUAAAUGUCAGUGCUAGUUUGGUGCAGUGGACAGUGGUGGUACUGCACUCAAGCGCUUGGCCUAACUUAACCCAGAAAGCAAAAACAUCUCCUCGUCCUUGUCGGUGUCGCUUCUUUAUCCCUCUAUCCUCAUUUGUUUUCCAGUGGGUUUUCUACAACUUUCAUCCUCUUUAAAUCUCUCUUUCUUUUAACUCUGUCUCUUCCUCUCUCCCUCUCUCUCUCUCUGACCUCCUCUCUGCCUCUCUCACCGCUCACUUUCCCCUAGUGUCCAGAAGAAAGGGGUGGUGCAUUCCAAAAGCCUGGAGACCAUUCCCCUCUUUGAGCCAGUGGCCCACAGAGUGACAGAGGAAUUAGAAUAAGAAUAGAUGUCCAUUCACCCCAGUGCCCCAGUGACGGAGGGAGAGAGCUUGGGCGAAGUGGAGGGAGGAGAGGACUGAGUGAGGGGGGUCCCUGACACAUUCUGCUUUGCUAUUGGCCAGCGGCGUUUCCCUCUGUUUUUACAUCGCUGCCAUCAGUUGUGCUUUCAAGUUUGUUUUACAUACUCCGGUGCACAUACACACCACACAUGUGCAUGCAUGCGUAAAUAUACACAUUGGGGUCUAGGGCCUGCACAUUUGCACACAGAUACGGGAACCUGCACACAUACACACUCUGCAUUUGGGAGUUAACAAAUCUGACCACGCAGUUCAGAGAAGCGAGGGGUGACCUGUGGCUGUGUGAGUAUGAAGCUGGAAUCAUUAACUCUCUUGUGUACUUGACUUGUUGAAUAUUUGACUAGAAUGUUCAUAAAAUCAGCUGAGGCUCUGUCUAACACAACACUGUGUUUUUUGGUGAAAUAGUCUCGUGGUGAAGAUUUGGUAUUAAAAUGUGACCUUGUGCUGUCACCACCUCUGCAGGUUCGCCUGUGGCUUAACUGUAAACUUGUUUAACUGUGAAGCCGUUAAAGUGUAACAGUGGUGUAGUAGUUUAACAAGCAGCAGGUGGUUUGACUGUUCCUGAGUGAACAGUGUGUGGGGAAAUGUCAAGUUCAGUUGAAAAGUAAAAAUGUGUGUACCCAUUCAAUAACAACAGCCAGUUUAUGAUAUUGACUACCAAUCUUAAUGCUUCUCAGUUGUUUGCAGAGCUUAAUAACUUUCAUAAAAGUUGCUUGACUCUACUAUCAAAUAAUUGUUUUAUAUUGUCUGUCUAUCAGUCUGUAAAAUAGUCUGUGUUUAUGUUCAAAUUAGUGUAUAAUCACCCGAAUAUAAAACUGGAGCGCUGAUUUUGGACAAGGUGCUGCCUCUUAUCUUUUUGUUCAACUUGUUGUGUACAUGUAUAAAUAAUAUUUUCUGUUGAAAAUAUCAUCCCUUUCACACAGUGUAGAUUACUGCUGUGGUAAAGAGAACUAGAUUAAAACUCCUGUGAGGAACUUGAGGUCUGUGAAAUCAAUGUUCAUGUCGUGGCUGGUGGUCUUGUUUGCUUUCCAGUUUUAGUCUGUUUUAUAACCAGUAAAAAAUUAUCAUAAUAGCUUUAACUUUGAAUGAACCUUUUAUACCCACAUAGGAACCGGUCCUGUGUGAGCACAGGAUGGGCAAACUAGAAGCUUACAAGUUUAUUAUUACUGCUCAAACCGCACCAUUUGACAGACAAAACAGGGGAAGAGUGGUUAAAGUUAUGUGUAUAGGAAAUUUUCAUUGACAGACAUGAUUGAAUAAUAGCGAAUGGUGCAUCACAACAGUUUUUUGUCCUCAAAAGCCACUGUUGCCUGGCAGAUGAAGGAGUGAGCACAGGAGCAUUUCAAAUGAUUUUAACAUCUUGAAUCUGACAACCAUAUAUUUUUGAAUGUUACCAUUUUUACACACUGUGCCCUUUAAUAAAAUGAGAAAACAUUUUGUACAAGCAUCAAUUCUUGACGUUGAAUUUGGACUAAAAUGCUCCAUUCAGAAUUUUACAGUUCAUGUAGCUUUGAGUAUUGUUCUUACCUGCUUUCUUCAGGGCCUUUAAAGUAGCCUAUUACGUUUUUUUUUUUUCAAUCUGUCAAAUUCUCCUUCUUUUCUUUCACCACGAUUUGCUGUUUCCACCCAAAGUCUUCUCAACGAUUGAACACUGUCACAACUGCAAUUCAAGACCAGAAUUAAAAUAAAUAUUUCUAUUAUUGUGGGCCUAGAUUGUGGGCCAUAAGCUGAGUCUUUGAUUGUAGCCCCUGUCACAUAAUCAACCAUAAGGUUACUUUCAUAAAACUACAAUGCUCUACUACCCAGGUGUGAAGAAGCAUAGAUGAUGGCGAGCUUCUCAGUGAUUGGCAUGGUUUGGCAGUGUUUUGAUCUAAAAAAUGGAGAUCGUUGUAUGUAGGCUGUGUUGGGUUACCUCUUGACCAGUGUUCUAGAUAAGGAACAUCCUUGUUUCCGUCUUUUCACACUGAUGUUGCUUGUGUUUUAAAAUGUGACUGUUUGAGGAUUGGCAUUGUAUUAUUUUGCUCCUGUGAAUUCACAUUCAAGUUGCAACAAGAAAACUUAACUUAGAACAAAGUGUGAACAAAAAGGGGUCAUUACAUCAGGACUGUAACAGAGUAAAAAAUUGCUGUAGAUAAAAUCAGCGGUUGAAUGUUUUCUGAAAUCAAGGAGAAGAAAUGUUAGACGGCAUUGUAAUGGUGAUGACACAGAAGUCAAAUGUUAAUUCAGGCUGCUCUGUGGCAGUGAAAUUGAAAUGUCAAGAAAAAAAUCCCUCAUUGGUGAAUGCAGGGAACAACUUAAUACACAUGUAAAUCCACUGAGCUUUGAUACACAGGGUGUGAGAUGUCGCGGGGUCCCUCCUCAGUGUUUCCGCCUUUGACAGCAGGACUGCUGGGCUGCGUGGACUUCUUGUUGCCAGGCUGAGUGUGAAAAAUGCUUUCCAACUGAGACUUUCUUCAAAUCACAAGUGUGGAUUAGUUAGAAACACUGAACAACAUGAAAAUCAGAAGAGCUUGAGCUUUUGUGUUUGUCUUCAACAUGAGACCUGCACGAACAAAUCCUUCAUAUGAAACCCAGACCACUUGUCGUGAUCAUUGUUUUUUUUGUCCCACUCUUAAAUAUAUAUAUUUUUUUCGUUACAGCCAGAGAGACAGUCUGCUGCUUGUGGAUCCAGGCAUCCUGAUGUCCAUCAUGGCCGUGUACCUGAGCCUCCUCCUGCUGGGUGAGUGGACUACAGAAAUAACAAUACAGGAAUAAACGUGCGCGAGGACUUUCCCUUAUCGAGUCAAACAGAUUAAAAACAAUGGUGUGCGGUUUAGUUUGUCUCACUGCAGAUACAUUAUGUGCCAGUUUUUCCGUAAACGUGAUUGAAACUCUUAUAAUUACCAUGAUUAAAAAAUUAAACACACCCUUUCCGCUGCUGUCUCCACCUGUCUGAGAUUAUUUAUGGCUUAUGAUUACCGCCCUUUUGAGGCCAAGCUGAGGGUGGAUUUUCCACAAAGGUGUUUACAUUCAGGGGAUCAGUCUUAGUGUUUUGAUGCAUGGAAGUGACACUAUAAGAGAAUAUCAAGUGAAUGUGAAGAAGACCUACCUGACUUUCAGACUGGGUUCAAGUGGUUCACAGUGGGCGCUAAAAACCAAUGAUCGCUUUUCUUUUCGAGUCGUAAAAGUCAGCUGUCUCUCUCACUUCAAGAUAAUGAGCUGGCUGUAAAGUGAAGUGGAUGGAGUGCUUUGCUUGGGCUUCGUAGCCACUUCUCUUAGCCUCAGCUUAACAUUUCUAAUGAUCCUGAGUGAAAAUAUGACAUAAUGACCAAAGUUUGUGUUGUCACUGUCAGGCAGAAAUGUAGUAUAUUUCAUCAUUGUAUUUUUGUAUCUAUCUCCUUUUAUGCCUGUUGGUAAGCUUUCUAACAUUUGAAUCUCAGGCAGUGUUCAGACGUGAAAAAAAGGUUGUUUUUUUUACCUUCUUUAAAGUAGUGGUUAGUUACUUAUCUAACGGCCACUAGCAACUUUUCUUCCUGAGGAGUUGGCAACACUGCCCCCUCGCACUAGUUGGAGUCAUGAAAACUGACAAGAUAACAAAUCCUUAAUCCUUCCACUAAUAUAUUUGUUUGUUUUAACAUAUCCUAAAAAGGUGCUAAUAUGAUUUUCAGUUCAUUCCCUAAACAUGGAAAAACUCCCUACUGGAGCUUUAAGUAUGACAUAAAUCUUGAAGAUUUGUUAUUAUGUUUAUUAUGUUUGUUUCACUGUGUUAAGGUGUGUAUGACAGGAGAAACAGCUUAUGCUGGUGCCAACACGGAUCCUAAAAGAGAACUCUGUCUGAUGAUAUAUUUGAGGAGUUGCUCCAGCAGAUACUCUAUCAGAACGUUGUAGCCUUUGCAUGAGUCACACAUCUCCAGAUAUGUGCAAAUUUCUGAGUUCAAGAUUUGCAAGAGCAGUGACAUCUCUGCAACAUUCAUUCAUUCACUCACAGUAUAUGGGGGAGUUCAGGGCAGUGACAGUAGCACUUCUUUAUCAGCAGGUGCACCUGAAAUGGUAACAUAAGGAACUUGACUUAGUUGCACGUCCAGUAUAGAAAAAGAUUCAUGCUAAUGACACAUUGUUAAAUUGUGGUUUAAGAGUUUUCUGCUCCUCUCUAUACUAGCUGUUUUGGGGUUGGAUCACCUCACAGUGUCAAAGCUCCUGCUGUCAUUAAUUCAGGUUUAAGUCCAGGUUACUGGAUCAACUUUCGGAUUGAAAACUUGGUGAGAAUCUGGGGUAUUUGAGGAAUGUGUAGUAAAUAAUAGGCCACUGACAGCAGUGCUGGUCUGAGGCAGAGUUAGCUCUUACAGGGUUAAUUGGUGACUGAGGGGCAUUUUUGAACCCCCCCCAACACACACACACACACGCACGCACGCACGCACGCACGCACGCACGCACACAAAAAAAACACUUUGUGCUUUGUGGAGUUGGCUAGAUUUACCUUUGUCACUGUUUUUGAGUUUCCUUGGAGACCUAGCUGUGAUUUUAACUCUUGAAUAGAAGAUAAUACCGGCCUCUCCCAUCUCACAUGCACACAGGUAUCUGGGUCAGACUGCAGGUCAAUUAUUAACUUGGACUAUAUUUAUCCCUCAGUAUCAAUCAGCUUCACUUGCCUUUUGUCCUGGAAUAAAACAUAAAAACUGCAAAGAGAUCAGUGAAAACUAUGAGUCCAUUUCUAGGAACAUGUAAUCUACAAUUGAAAACCUCAAUAGUUAAAAAGGUUUUACCAAAGUUCCUUUUAUUAGUUUACAUACAUUACUUUUCUGAUUGAUGCUCAUUUCAUUUUACUCACUCAUACUUGUCUCAUUAAACUGGUGAAAGUCCAGUCCAGUGAAUUCUGUUUUCUAGAAAUGACUGCUUCAUUUUGUUUUUCACUUUGUAAUAUUUUUAAUCUAAUCUGGACAUAUAAAAGUGGUCAUGUAAGUGGUAGAAAACCUAAAACUGAUUAUUUAGCUCAAUGCAAAAAACAACUGGAAUUGAUUGGACUAGGAAAAGCAGCUCUUUGUUGAUAAAAAAAAGAGCUUAUGUUGAUUCCCACAAUCACUUCUGUGUUUUGCAUGAAUCAAACUGAUUAAUACAUCUCAGACCAGGCUCAAGCUGCCAUAUUCAACUUCCUUCCUUCUGCCGUAUCUUUAAAAACAUACACAGGCCACUGAUAGAGUUAUGUCAGUGCACAGAUUUAUGUUGCAUCCAUGAGUACAACUCCAUAUAAGACAGCAGUGUAACCUUAUUAAUCAUUCAAAAGGAGGAUUAUUGAGGAUUGUUAAAAAAAACAGAAAAACGAUAUUGCUUGGUUGCAUAUAAGCAUGUGUAUGUUUUCACUUGUAUAUGAGAGAGAAUGCACAUAAUGGGAACUUUGGAAAGCUUUUCAAGCUAAUAAGCCAGUUUUCUCUCAUGAGUGGGGGCACUGCAGCACAUAUCUGUGUGAAUGUAACAAGUACUCUUUAUUUACACUUAAGAUUUCUGGCACAAGUAUCCAACCAGGUUGUCUCUAUCAACAUGCAUGUACGUUCGACACAGUACAGAGGGUUUAAGAUAACUCUUGUUUAGACUUCAUGCCUAUGUCUGUCUCGUGGCCUCGUCCAAAAUUGUCAUGCCGAGAACUACAAGCAGAAAAAUAAACAAGAUUAAAGUUUUUCCGAGGACAGUGUUGUACUAAGUGUCAUUGAGGAUGCAAUAAGCAAAAGUUUUACACUUUUACAGGGAGCGUUAACUCCAUAGACUGAAUGGACGCCAUCUGCCUCCUUGCUAGGUGAAGCCAUCGUGAGAACAGCACCCUCUGGUGACGGGCUGCAGUAUAGGUCAUGAACUCUGCCUCCUCCAAUAGUCCCUAUGGAGCUGUGGACAAACUUUAGAAAUUAAUUUCUCCCCCCUGGUUGCCAUGCAGACAUGUAGUUACUGUAAGACUGGUUUGUGCUCAAGUCCUCUUUUUUUGGUGCAGCUCCAUUUUUUUUUAGUUUAAGGGGGUUCGUGUUUUCUAUGAUUGACACUUGAUACAGCCUAUGGGCAUAUGAAGAUUACGUAGCUCAACCUGGGGAUAUGCUGUUUGUCAGCUGAGUGUCAUCACAGUGACUGUCAGGGACUCUACCACCAAAUGCGUAAAAUGCUCCUGCGCCAGUGGUGGUUCCAGGAAGUGGAGAACUCCCGGAAAUACUGAGAGCAAUUCGACUUCAAAUUCGUAUAAUGACGGAAGGCGGAGCCAAGUUGUCCAUGGUGUAACAGUCUAUGGUUAGCUCACUUAUUGUAAAUUUAGUCAAGAUUUUAAAAACACGUUUCAAGAAAAUUUGUCAUAAACUAUAAUUGAAUCACAUGUUUCUAACCUGCCCUAAAAAAUUAUUGACAUAACCAACUGCUAAAGUCUCUACCCAGCACAUAGAAACAUGCAGGGUUAAUGUUUCUAAGGUAACUAACUAUGUAGUUUGUGAGAAAUAACAACAAAAAUUAGCACAUUUGGCCAGGCAAAUAAAUGAAUGACACCUGUAAGAGUAAAAUUUCGUAAUCUCCAUAAAACUGCAUUAAAGAGACAGUGUAAAGUGAUGUUAAAUGCCUGACACUGAUCGCUGUGAAAACCUGCUUAUCACUAAAGAUGGACACGGAGCAAAAUAAGCCCUGGUUCUCAGAGCCUGAUUACUGUAUGUGAACACCUUCAGUACUGCUGUUUACAUUCCUUCCUCCUCCUCCUCCUCCUCCUCUUCACUCCCAAUAGGAAUGCUGUAAAAGUAACUCAACACAGGAGCAUGCAUGGGUUUAAAAAGGAAAAAAAAAUCUUCUGUCCCAUGUGACCAUGAAGCCCAGUGAACUGGAGUAGAAAGUGUGUGAGCAGGUCCUGUUCCCUCCUUUCUGCAGCAGCCCUCAUAUUGUUGCUCAACUCUGACACCUGGAAUGUUUCCUCUAAUGAAUAACAUUUUCCUCCUUGUCCCUGCAUUCCUGCCACUCUUCUGUAUACAAGAGUGAGACGCCUCAGGGUGUCAUUACCUGGGACUCUCCCCCUCUGUGCAUCUCCGCGCCACGCGCUACACUGUAAUCACACAGGGGUAAACUAUAGCUGCUGUCAAACAGCACCUGUGCAAGUGGCUUUACAUCAAGUCACACUCCUGCACCGCUGCCAUGCUUCCCUUUUCACAGCUCGGUUUCAUCUUUCUGUGUCUUUAAGGCACUUUUUAAAAGUUUGUCUCCAGAGACUUUCACCAGGUUCACAUUAGUGGUCGACUUAUAUCAGUUUUAAGUGGCUAGUAAUGAUAAUGACAGAGCAGGAAGGCCAAUAUAUUGCUGACAUUACUGGUUUCUUUUGAACAUAAUGAUGCAAACAAAUGAGAAACAAUAUUUCUUAAUGUCUUAGUGAAUAAAUAAAGACAUAAAAAUAGGUGGCUCCGUAAAACAUCAGAACAAAGGACUUUUGGAGUUCUGCCCCACUAUCUGAACUAAGUAAUAAAGGAAAAAUGAUACAGGAUAAAUGUUAACAAUAUUAUGACUAAACUGCAUUAAUUUAGACAUUAUAACAGUGCUCACAUCAAACAUUAAUUAGUCUUGAUCUGAUAUGCUGUGAAAUGUGUUUCUCAUUUGGGAAGAUCAGCCUUGUGAGGGCCGAUAUGAUGAUGAUUAUGUUGAAAUAUUGACAGUUUGAUAGGCCGACUGCUGUCUAGAUGUAGUUCAGAAAUAUUCCUUUAAAUAAAGACAGAAUAAAUGCAAAAAAGAGCCUGUCCUGGCUACAGAACCUCAUCAAAUUCUUCAAUCAUAAAGAAAUAUGCCAUUAAAGAGACAAGAAUGACUGACACUUACUAUCAGUGUUGUGUGUGAACACGCUAAAAGAAGUGUGUUCAUUAAAUGUGUUCAUAUUCUAGUGAAUGAUGAGAUGAGCUGCUCAUUUUGCAACUUAUAAAUGAUGAUGUUAGUGAAUGCUGCUUACUGUCCAGAAGGAUUCAAAAUGUCUCAUGAGCUGCUGAGAGUUGCAUGCAUCUGAGAGAUGUAUGUUACAGCAGCUGAAGUCAAGUUUACAACACCUGAGGCCACUUGCCUCAGGCAUUCAUCAGAUGUAGUAGGUGAACCCCGGUGAAGCUAGCUCUCUUCAACAUUUGGAGCUGUUUUAUGAACAGAUCAGCAGGAAAGCUGAAACCUGUAUUGUACUGUAUCGCAACUCUCUGAGAUCCAAGAAUAAUUUACUUUUGAGUUUAUUCAGUGCUUUUUUCAGCCCAAAGUCCUUAUAUUUAAGGGUAUGUGGAAAAAAAUGUCAUCGCAAUAAUUGGUAAACACAAGGAAAUUGGAAUUUUUGUGGUUUUUAAAAUGAAUCUCUUUCUGCUGUGGAAUUCGUCCGUACACCUAGUUUAGGAAAUCACUGUGAUUGGAGAUUAGGUUCUUCUAAUAAAGGAUUUAGGCACAGCUGAAUAAUUUGAUUUGGACUUUUGGAGCAUUAGUUCAAUUCAUGAUUAAAAAAAAACUCUAAACAUGAACUGGUUCAUUUUGAUGUGUAUUAUUUGACUUUUGAACUAACUCUCUUACUGUGUGAACACAGCUUCUUGUUUUCUGGCAGUGCACACUCUACCAUACUGUAGCUGUCAACGUCUCUUUCUUAGGAUGUACACCAAUGCAAGGGGAUCAGCUUCUGGUUGACACCAACCAAAAUGUGACACACACAGCAGUGAGGAUUUGAGGUGCCCAUCAGCUGCUGUCAAAAAAGCACUGACCCACAUGAGGCUAAACUAAAGACUAUUACCUGCUGUCUGCAGCUUUUUGCUGCAUGGCUUCACUGUAAUACCUCAGCUUCCUCAGCUGUUCGAUUGAGAGCCAGUGUUUUCCCCUCUGAAUGUCAGACUGCAUUUCACAGUGAGGCAGACUUUUCCUUGUGUUCUGAUUUCCUCUUGCUGUCUGUGCUUAUCCUGAAAAAAAUGUCAUAAAAUAACUCAAAGAAUAAAAGUAUGUUUCUGUGUUAAGUAAUCCCACCCUGGGCGGCCUUGUGAAUACCAAAAUGAGAGCAAGAUUUCUCCUGCCUGAGCACUUUAACAUCCCCUUUUCACUUGUGGUGAAUAUCUGAUGUUUUUGUACCUAAAUUAUUAAUCCAAAUGAUCCCAGUUAAUCCGCAACAUACAUGCUGUAAUUAAUAGAUCUAUUUUUAAAAUGCAAAAAAUUGUAGUCACUAAUAAAACCCUUCAAAAUUACAAUCUUAUCAAAGCUGCAGAAACUAUUGCACAAGCAGUUUUUCUUUUUUGACAGGCUCCUGGUGGGUCCCUGCACAACUUUCUUCCACACAACCUUUUUUAUUUUUUUUUGCAUAUUGCAUGUAAAAAAAAAACGGUCUUAAUUCGAAAAUGUUGUAAAGUUAAUGAGCUGAUGUGCAGCUCUGGUGUUCUGCAUGCUAGUUUCAACUGGUGCAAAUCCAGUAAAGGAUAUGUUUUUGACAGCCUACACACAGAGCGAGAUUAACUUCUCAAAUACAGUACCUCUCAGAUGUCAGAUGAGUGUGUGUCUAUAUGAUAGCUCUGUCCUGUAAUUCCCAGCACCACUGUUCCUAAGAAAGCCGUCUGAUAGAGAUCUAUCAUGAAUGGCUCACCAUGUUCAAGUGACAUUCCUGCAUAUGUGGUCUAUUUCAAAACAUAACCUGAGUUAUUAAUUAAAUCUGUGAGUGAAUUAUACUUACUGUCUGCACAGUGUGAUAAAACCAGUGAGGUUGUAAUUUUUAAGACCCAAGAAGUUGUACUUUCCCUCAUUUUGCCAUGAUGCAUGAUUAAUUAAUAAUGAAUACUUUUUUUACUCUAUGACUCUUCCUGACUUGAUGUACAGUGUUACCUAUUUGGUGCAUACUAGCAGGUUAUUGCAGACUGACCUGGUGAUAGUUAACUUCAUAAGCAUUGGAUAGUUUCUGUCAGAAUCCCCUCCAUUACAGUGAACUCCUGCUUGAGUGUGUGUACUGAUUGCCAGCUGCUGGGACUGUAUGAGUUCACCAUAAAGGGUUAUUACCACUGUGAGUCUUUGCUGUCUCUCAAAGGUGGAGCUUUUGACCAGAGAGUGAACCCAUUGUAUCAUGGCUGUAAAGUGAGGUCAGGUCAAAUCCAGCAGGUCUGAGUCAGUCUUAUGUUUCUGUACUCUUGAAAGGGUGGGACUACAGCACACUAUUUUCUUUUAAUAUGGGCUUCACAUGCAGAUUUCAGUUUUAUUCAUAGUGUCAUAUUCAGAUUUUUCUUUAGGGUUUAUUCAGGAAAUCCUUUCUUUUGCAGUCUUGUGUCCGUCAAUAACACUUUAGUUUUAGUUUCGUAACUUGGUCUUGAGUUUUAUGUUUGGUUAGGGUGUGUUUGAUCUUAAUCUACAGUCCACAGGUUUGCUUUGUAACCCAUGUAUGUGCAGCUCCUCCUGUAGACUCUCAACAUGCCUUCACCUGCCUUUUAAAUUUGUGUAAAUAGCUGUCUCGUUUUUCUGUAAUCCAUCUUUACUCUUGCUAUCUAAAGUAUGAAAAAUGAAUAACAUUACUGACUGUGUGGUGUAUUUUCUGGCAGGUUUAUCAGUAAAAUGAUUAUCAAGGUGAGCGGGGUAUUGUUAAUGCUUCACAGGAAUUCAGACAAUCUGCCUGAGUUUAAUCUUUGACUCGAGUGAAGACAUUGGCAUUAUUUGUGUACUGAGAGACCGGCAGAGCUGUGGUGCUCUCUAGUUAAACUGGCUAACUGUAAAAGCUUUUAUUGCAAAGUUUUUAAUUGUAAUUAUUUAAGAUGUACUGUCAUCAAAAACAUCAUACAGCGCAAAUCCUUUUUCAAUUGUCGUCUUGUUUUGUUGGGUAACAUCGACUGAAUGAGUCUUCUGCACCAGUCUGCACAACACAAUAUUUUUGGGGUAGUUGUGGUCUGUUGAUGCAGUUGUGGGGCUUCGUGUCAUUCUAUCUCAGAGGACUCUGAGUCCCUGGCAGCGCCCCUGCAGAUAUACUGUAUGUUGAUUUAGGAAGAUGUUUGUGAUCCUGUAAAACCAUCCAUCCCUUCCCUACCAUGCCUCAACAUGUUGCUGCCCUGAUGUUUUCAAAAGAUCAUCAGGACGAAAAGACCUCAGAUAUCACUGUCAACAUCUCUCAUCCCCCGUCACUCAGCAGCCUGCUCAUUAGGAAGCCUCAGUUUUUCACUUCCUCAACAACUCGGUUAACAGAUUUUGUGUUAAUUUCUUUGUCAUUGUCAAUCAUGACUUAGUUUCGUGAUCUUCACUCUUUCAUUCUUUCAAAUUUAGACAUUUACUUUUUCUAUACUUACACUGCAUUCUAUCAUUAGUUUCUUAGAUUAUGCUGUAUUAACCUUUUAAUGAUGGCAACAUGCUGCUCCACAAAGGCAAGAAAGCUGUCAUCCUAGCACUGUGCCUGUAUUGAAGGUGGUAAUAGAGGCAUUACAGAGGCCAGAUGGGAUCAUGGUGAGCUGGUGGAGCAGGCAGGGUGGAACAGUGCUGUGUGUGUGCAUGUCUAAGUCUGAGUACCUUGUGUUCAGCCCAUAGACUAUACUGUAUAUUGAAUGGACGCCAUCUGCCUCCUCGCUCCUCCAGCAAACCCUAUGGAGAUGUGGACAGCUUUAGAAAUUAACUACACAGAUUAUAAUCCCCCCCGUGACUGUGAUGUCGACUUGUAGUUAUUGUAAGACUGGUUUGUGCGCAAGUCUUCUUUUUUCUGUGCAGCUCCAUUUUUAAAAGUUAUUAGGGGGUCCAUGCUUUCUAUGAUUGACACCUGAUACAGUCUAUGAGCGUACUAGGAUUGUGUAGCUCACCCGGCGAAUACGCUGUUUGAGCUGUCAGUCAUCGCAGUGACUCUCCUGCCAAGUGUGUACAACGCUACUGCACAAGUGGUGGUUUCAGGAAGUGGAGAAAAUCCUGGAAAUACUGAGAGCAAUUCGGCUUCAAAUUCGUAUAUUGACAGAAGGCGGAACCAAGUUGUCCAUAGUAUAUACAGUCUAUGGUUCAUCCCUCUUGCCUCUACAACACUGUAGCGCUGUUACAAAAAGCACUCCAAACUUUCUGACUGAAAAUAAAUUAUUUCCCAUCAGCAGAGGCACACAUUACAAUCUGUAAACAUAAUUGUAUAGAAAGAGUCUCUCAGUAUUAAUAUCUUGGUAUCUGACCGGAUGAAUACUUUACAUUUAAUGUUGAAAAGGUCAGUACCGAGCCAUUGUUAUGUCUGUUUUGGGCUGUGAUUUUAGGAGAAGGAUCUGCUUAAUAAUGUCUGUGUUACACAGCUUUUUUAGUAUUUUCGUUUCCCUACAAAUUUCCUGUUACAGAAUGCUGUGUGUUGCACCAUUUUCAAUCAACAUAGGUUUUAAAUCAUUAGUAACCAGCAGAAUCUGUUUUUAUAAACAUUUUACACACUGCUGUGACUUUUUGCAACUAGAGGUUUACAUCUGUUGCAUCAGCUACAUUUCUGGUUUGUAUGAUAGUUGUAUAACCCCUACCAAGCUAUUUUAGAAAUUUUUUAGCAUUUAAAAAAACUGUAAGUACUAUCGUUUCACUCUGCUGAGCCCAAAACACAAGUUCAGGGCUCCUCCCAAACAGCUUUACACUCUCCUUUACACAAUGAAGUCUGUAGCCUCCUGCACGGGAAAAGCUGACCUUAGCUGGGUGUCUCGAUCAUCACAUCUUGAAGCGGCUGUGAAAGUCAAAUACAAUUUUCAAGUAUUAUAGUUUGAAUAACUUCAGUCUUCUCUGUGUUGCUCCUUCACUUCCAGCUCUCGGCGUGUUUGGCCAGGAGCUCCCAUCAGGCCCUCAUGGCUGCACGGAAGGAAGCUGUUACCCUGCAACAGGAAACCUUUUGAUUGGACGAGCAGUCAACCUCACCGCCAGCUCUACUUGUGGCCUGGAUGGACCGGAGCAUUACUGCAUUGUCAGCCAUCUCCAGGUCAGAGUGCAUUUGAAUAUACUGUAUAAAGUAGAACACAAACUGAACUGGCUGCAGCCUCAGAUGCAAAAAAAAGAGCUCUGGGACAAUGAAGAAUUGUGCCAUGAUAGUUGUUGGUUACAGGUUUUGAUUUAUAUCUACAAUUAAGCCUUUCUUUAAAAGUGAUCAAACACUGGUUUUGACUCUCCCACCUGCCUGCUGUGUCUGUCUUCACCCUGCCACACCUUCUUUACGAUAACAUGCCACCCUGUAAUCAAUGCAGGGGAAAAAGGGAUGGUUUGUUUGUCCUCCCUUUUACACAAUCAUUCUCCUUCAUCCUUCUGUCUCCACUCUUCCAUCAUUUUAUUGUUCAUCCGUCUGUUUGUUUUUCACCCUGUUUCCAUGAGCAAGUGCCCCCAACCCUAGUACAGCCUUCCUGUAUCAGGGCCCAGGUGUAGACACACACACAUCAGCCACACCUUAGCCAAACAGAAAGACUCCCUCUACUCACUUUCCCACCCACUGAAACUCUCAUAACCUUACUUUUUUAACUUUCUUUUAUAAAUCUGGUGGAAAUUAUUCAAAUAAGAAUUAAAAGCUGAGAGUAUAUAAUGGUGUCAAAGUAGAGCUGCAUGAUUAAUCAAUUUUAAAUCGUAAUGGGAUUAUUUAACUAUGACCGUUAAGAAAACCAAAAUCGCCAUAUCAUCGCUCCCCUAGGCCACCGUAGGCUCCCCCUUUCUGCUCUGUACUCUUCUUCUGUCUUUAGUACAUUUCCUCAGUAGCGUUAUAGAUAAGAUAUACCUUAAUUAGUCCCACAGGGGGAAUUCCAAAAAUUACAGCAGCAUAGAUACAAAAACACAAGAGAAAUUGAAGGAUAAAGAAACUAAUAUACAUGUGUACAGCAUAUACAUACAAAUAUGGUCUAUUGCACACUGAGGUUUCUUUUGGGGAGUCUGACAGCUGUUACAGCGCCACUUACUGGCUUGGCAUAUGCACUUGAUUGUUUUCAGUAGUUUCGUUCUGAGAGAUGAUAGAAAACCUUUUUGUUUUUGAAGUGAAGUUUGGUGAAGUUGUAGCUGAAUAAAAAAAUUGAAAUUGAAGAUUAAAAAUUGAUUUUUCAGAGAAGUCUUUUUUUUUUUUUUUUGACAAAAUCAUGCAGCCCUAUGUUAAAGUGCAGGCUUGGACACAAAUAGAAACAGGAAGUCAUUUUUUAUGCUUGUGUGAUGCAAGACCAAAAUCAGCUAUCCUGUUUCCGUUAGUCCAUUCUGAACGCAAAUCCCAACAUGUCCAGGAUCAUGUUGACAGUCACCUGUGUUGCACCCGCUCACUACAUCUGUUUUACCACACCUACAUGCAUGUAUGUACCUGUGCUCUUUUUGCCUCAGGCCAGGGAAAUCCAAUUGUGUCAACUUCCAGGUCCAAAUGAUUGACACCCACUGAUGGGUGAGAGGUCGUCUACAGAAAGAGGCAGGAUACGGUGACAGCCUGUCGUAGCAUAAAUCCAGGUGCAGACAGUUGUAGGUCUGUCAGGAGCUACUUUGGAGGCCCUUAACAUUUGUCUCUUGGCCUUUAAACGUCCACAAGCUCAUCAAUCACCUGUGUUUGACAAAAGGUUCUUUGAGGUUCUGUUUUGUUCCUCAUGAGAUCAGAUUUCAUUGUUUCUAUGCACUUGAAGAAGCAGUGCAUUAAGGGAGCUGCUGCCAAGUCAGUUAUGUUGAGGACCUGUUAACAGGGCUCUAGUUUGGGCAUUAGACCCACCUGGUGGAGCUGAAUCAAGACCGGCUUUGGACAAGCUCACAUUGCAGGAAAGAAACAGUAAAAAAGAAAGCAACUGGAAAACAGGGGAGGGAAAUGACGAGUUUACAAGACAGUUCUGUCUGAGAUCCUGCUGUUUUGUGAUUUUGAGGAAAAGCAGGUGUUUAAAAUGUUGAGCUGCUCAUGCUCAGAUUGUUUUCUUGGUUUAUUUUUUGGACUUAAGAAAGUGAAAAAGUCUAAAACCUUGUUUUCCUGCAGACUCGUUGAGCUGCUAGUGCUAUAGCCUUAAACCUUGAGCUGAUUAGUUCCGUCAGUUUUGAGGAAUCAGCAAAAUCAGCCACUGAGUUUAGGCUCUAUGUUGCCAUGGUGACAGUACAGCAUUAGAAGAAUGGCAUGAAAAUGGCAAGUGACCAAAGUACUGCAGUGAAAUAUUAGAUUUAGAGUCAUUAUGGAGGUGAAACCUGGAUGAAAGAGGGGCUGGUGGGGGUUUUCUUUUCAAAGCCACCAUCCCAGUGUGACAAAGACGUGUUUUCAAAUCAACAUCGGGCUUACAUCAGUGUAUUGUUGGAGCAGAAUGCCUUAUAGCUGAGCUCAACAGGCCUGACUAAUGGGAGAUAAAUAAGCGCUCAAAGGAGGGAGGGCCAGUCCUAAAGCCACACAAGUUCAGACUGAAGCUUUACAGUAAGCCUUAAAGAAAAGAUGAAUGAAAGGAGACAGUUAUCGUCUCUUAUAUUUAACACUAUUUAUACAAGAACUGUCUACUUUAAUCCUCAGAGCAGAGCUGAUUGUUUUUGUUUUUACUGUUACUGUUAGGGCUCGUAUUUUGCUGUCGAUCUUCCUUUAUUUUUUUUAACUUUUACUACUUACUUUUCUUUUGGGUAUUGCUAACCGGUUCUAGAUCUGAUCCAGUAGCUUAAAUCACUCAUGUAAUGUGCCUAAAUGCUUCAUGGUUCCCUUGUGAGUGCCCUCCACUUAGUUCCACAUGCCUGAUGUGAUGCCGACAGCCCAAGUGACAACCAAGGAAGGUGACUCAUGAAUAGUAAAUUUUGUGUUGUUGGCAGAGUUUCUCCCUCAGUUUUUCCCAUAGAAAUGUAUCUAUGCAUAGGGGAAUCAUAAAUAAAGAAUUGGAUCAAUAAAACCUUAUUAACUCCUGUUUUUACAUUAAACAAUUUCCUUAAACAGUGUGACAGUGGAUUAGGAUCCAGGCAGAUUUGAUCUGAUAAGGUAAAGAAGGUAAAGGAAUCUGGUCAUUAUAUAAUAAAAAACAAAAAACAAAACUCAGUUAUCCGUAAAACAAGAAGUUUGUACGCGCCAUCCUGUGGUCACCAACAUCCUUUCGCAUCCUCACUUAUCCACACAAAGCUUCCUGCACACUUUAAACAUCCUUUUUCAAUCUCUUUAGCAGCCGUGUUGUUUUUAGCAGCUUAAUCACCCCUGACAACAACCUAAUUAAGAAACACUGCCCUGGAAUCUGCUCCUCAUCUGUGCCAGCUCACCCUCAUCUGCCUCUUCAGCACCCUUUCUCUGCUCCCCUCAUAAUGGCCCCCUACUCUCAAACGGUCCCCCUGUUCUGUGUUGGCCCCCCUUUCUUUGUCCAAUGCCUCUGCUGUGUUGAGUGAGACCCCUCUUCACUGCAUACCCACCUCUCUCACCUACACCUUCCUUUCUCCUUCCAUCCUUUAAAACUUUCUGGAUCACCCCUUCAUUGAGGCACUUGCUCUUGGCCUGGGUUCCCACAUUGUUGUAUCCCCUCCCUGUAUCUUUCCCAUGCCCUCUGACUUCAGCCUCUCUUUUUUCUUCUUCUCUGCAGCCUCAUGAAUGUCAGCUUGUUACCAUCUUUAGCCUGUGGUGAACCUGCCCUUUCAUUCAGAUCAGUGCUUUUCCGCAUCCUUUAGCGUAACCCUUCAGAUCCAUGAACACUAUUUUAUUUUUUAUUGCUGAUGUUUCUUUAUAUAUGAUCUCCUUUUUACAUGGUGUUACAACCCAAAGAGUGUCUAGGGAUGAAGGGAAGCAGGAUAACGUGCCAAUGCUUUUAAGGUAGGGCAAGUUACUUACUGUACAAAAUCAACUGUGAAGAACAGAGCAAUUAACAACAAAACAGAGGAAUGAGGGAGGCAGAAAAACACCAUAAAAGGGGCGAGGGCAGCGGGUAGCACUAGGUCAACAAAUGUUUAAAACAGAACUUUUUUUUCCUCCUGUUUGAGGACUCUACCUGGACUGAGUCAACAUAUUAAAUUAAAAACAAUCAACCCAUCUAGACUAAUCUGACCUACCUUACAAACAUCAAUAAAGCAGUGGCACCCUCAAUCAAUCAAUUCCCUCUCAUAACCACUAAAAAAUGUGGAAAAAAACAAAAAACUGCUCUAUUGACACCAAGCCUCUUGCCCAAAAAGACUUCCAAUAAACUUCACAUGCAUCUAAAAAAAACUGCUUCUGAGGUGAUAGUGAGACAAUUAAGCUGCCUCCUUUAUGCAUGAGCUGAGUCAUGGUUUAAACUGAGGCCUUAAUGGAAGAGCUGAGCGGUGGAUCAGAAUUGGCAGGGAACCUGUUGUUGACAUACUGCUUAUGUCAACAGCAGAAAUCCACCAGUAUGAUCCACUAGCAAGGUGACCAAUGCCGGAUCAAAAUGCAAACAAACAAAAACCCAGUUAAACACAACACAUGGUACAAUUUUAACAUAAGUUUGGAAUGCAGGGACAAUUUUUAUCUUAUGCAGUGAUUUCCACUGCAGAGUCAUGUCUGAACUUCUUUCCGUUUUUCUCUUUGGCAGAGUAAGCCUCUCUGGAGAGCCCUUGCCUGUUGCAUAUUGACCCUGUUAACAUCAUAUUGUACCAAAAGCAUAUAUUUUCAGGUCAAUGUGUGUUGCAUUUUGAAUAAUUUUAAUACAGUACCACAAAUAACAAACAUUGUACAUCAAAUAUUGUCAUGCGCUACACAAUUGUGCACAUACAUUGCAUGGUAGAUAAUAUUUUACUGUAAAUAACAUACAAAACACAUUGAAUAGUCUCAAAGUGAAUUAAAUGUACCCAACACACACACAAAAAAUGCAUGUAUAAAGGAACAUAUUUGAGGAUCAUGGUUUUAGAUUUGUGUCCAAACAAACUCUCACAUCCAUCCCCCUCCUGUCUUUUGUUCUGUUCACACCGGUGUUGGCACACAGCAGCACAUUCCCCACAUUAUUUCAAGUUUGAGAAAUUAAAGCUCUGAUCUCAGGAAACAGCUCAUCCACAGGGGGUUCACAGACUCUGAAGCCCAGACAGGGCACAACAUCUGUGGGCAGAGUGAACUCAACAAUUACAGCAGAAACCUUAAAUGAUAGUUGUUUUCAUUGUUGAAACAUAUACAGGCCGUCUAUUACACAGCUUCUUUAUUCUGAUUUUUAUAGUAGAAAACUUAAGAUAUACCUACAAUUAAAGACUCAGCCCACCAACUGAGUUUUAAUCCUCUCACUAUUAUGAAUAUUGUUUUAUCAAAAUGUAUUUCUUCAUCAUGUAAAGAUGUGCUUUUUUCCUACCUUGACAGGAGUCUGACAAGUGCUUCGAGUGUAACUCCCAGUAUCCCUAUGACCCGUACCGCCACAGGAACAGCCACCGCAUUCAGAACGUGAUCUACCUCAUGGACAGUAAUGGAGACAACACCUGGUGGCAGUCUGUCAACGGUGGGUGAAAGUCGUUGUUUAUUUGCAUUUGAAACAGUAACUCAGACAAGGUCAUUAUAACAGCUCAGCUCACUGACUCACCUACAAACUAAAGACCUGACUGGCAAAUGAGUCAGGGAUCCAGUUACCCAUAUCGGUAUUCUAUAUCAUUUAUGUGUUCAUGAUUUAACAAUAGUGUUUCUAUGAUUUCCCCAGUUCAAAUACAGACUGAUUUAUUGACAGCCAAUACCGACGCCAAUACUUAUCCUGAUGCUGAUAAUGAAAGGACAGGUUCAUUGAUGGCUGAAAUACAAAGCCAAUAUUCCAUAAUUGUAUUUUUAUUAAUUUACUUAUUUAUUUUACAUUUGAUUCAUACAAUUGAAAUACAAAAAGAAUGACAUUACUAAUAGAUGCGGAACUAUUUGCUGAACUUAAAUGAAAAUUUCCUUUACUAAAUGAAGCCAGAAAUGUUUUUGGCUCAGCCAAAUAUUACCACAAAGGACUUUUGGAUUUCUCUCUGCCAUCUGUAAUGAUUAGAGUAGACAAAAAAACAAAGUAAAUGUUUUAACAAAUAUGUGAUUCUUUCUGAUUUUCCAACCUAAAGAUGUGAUGCUUGGAUCAUAGAUGACAUACUUUCAUGAGGAAAGUUGGUAAUAAAUUGCACAUGGGUGAUCAGCAGAAUAUCCAGACGGCCAUGCGAUAAAAUUUGAUUAUUAAAAGUUUUCAUGCUAAAUUUUAAGUUGUAAAAUGCUAACCUGUUUUAACUCGGCUGCCAAUGUGGGGUGCUUUGUCAGCCAUUUGUGUUUAUUUGCAAACUGCAUACAUACACAUGAAAGCAGGGUUCUUCAAAAGCAGCUAACGAACAGUUAGUUUCUAUUUGUUUGUAAUGGCCAACUGUGUAACCAGUGUUAGUGUCAUUGAGAUCCCGAGCUCUGUAGAUAGAUCCACUUUUAGUGCAUCAGUGCUGUCCAACUGCAUUAGAGGGAUGUCGUCUGUACCUGCUCACAGUGAUGGGCUACAACUCAAAGUCUUUGUUUCUAUGGUUACAGGAUGCAGGAUUUGUUUCUGUCACUGAAAUUUUCUAGCAAAUUAAGAUUCCAUUUAUAAAGAAAAAGUUCUGUAGCAGUUUGUGCCAUAGACCUGGAUAAUAUACUCAGUUAUGAUACAGGUUAAGAUUUUCCAUGGUUUUUAUAAGGUUUGAAGAAAAGAUCAUUAUAUUAGAUGGUCUGUGAAAUGUCACUUAGUAUAUUUAGAGAGUUAUAUAAAAGAAAGUAAGAAAGUGGUUUAAUAAACAUGGUCGCCUCAGCCAGUAACAAGUUUUAGUGUUUUUUCAAUUCAUGAAAUAGAAAGAUACAUUUGGCUGUGCUGUUUGUUACAGAGUUUAUCCGAAUCAACGUUAAACUGCAUUAUUCUGCAAAUCUUAUCAGCAGUUCCCUAGAUUGAUAUCAUGAUUGGAAAAUAAAAGUGCACCUUCAAAAAGACCUUUAUCCAAAAUAGAGAUGUUUGAAGACUUUCAAAUAGAGGGAUGGGAAAGAUCACAUGAAGAAGAAGGUGGCACUGGGAUGUAACAAUGAUGAGUGACAGAUAUUUCACCCACAGGAGAGGAGAAUGUGAGCAUCAGACUGAACCUAGAGGCCGAAUUCCACUUCACACAUCUCAUCAUGAAGUUCAAGGUAUGUGGGAGCCUGUGUGUUUGUUUGUGUUUGUGGAUUUCCUGCUUCAAAAGGAUUUUUCCACACUGCAUGUGCUGAAACAUGUCAGGGUGCAUACUUGUGUAAGUGUAUGUUUGUUGUGUGCACUCAGAUUAUUUGAUGGCUGUAUCCCAAGAGGUUUAGGAUCACUGUCUACUGGGGGUAAAUAGCACAGACCAGAGGCUGUAAAAGAGGUAGUGAGGGCCUUGUAGUUUCUAAUGAGAAGCUUAUGUCGAGGGCCUCUAUAAGACUGUACUCUUUAAAGGGAUAUUCUGGGAGCCGAUCACUGAGUGCAGCGGAGUUCUGCAGCUCAAGGAAGAACAUUUAUGAUAAUUUCUUCAUGGAAAUGCAUCUCUUGACCGAGAUGCCAAGAUAGAAGAACUACCACAUCUGCAGUGCAACGUGAUUAUUAUGAUGAUUAUUACUUGAUGAAAAUGAUCCGCUGCACUUGGUGAUCGACUCGUUAGGGCUCCCCCCACAAACAAGCAGCUGCUGGAGGAUAGUGGGUGAGUUGUGUUUAGUAUCUUUGCUAAAGGAACCAGGCAGGCUAAAAAGAUGUUUGAUGGCUAGUACUAUGGCUGGGACCCUAUAUGUACUGUUGAUGAAGUUAGGUGCUGUUCUAAGCAUUAUUUGUGACUAUAGAGUGGCUUUUUGGUUGAGGUUUGCGCGUGGAGACGUAAACCGCUGUGUAUUGCUAUCAUGUGGUUGUUACUAAAGUUGGUAUAACUGAGAAGCAAGCAGUCAGCAACAUUCAUGUCUUGAGGAGGUGUCCCUUUAAGCUACUGGAGAACAUUUCCAAUGUAUGUCACCCACAUUUUCAUAGAUGAAAUCCAAUAAACCCACCUAGGCUGAAAAUAAAGUCACUGAAACAAAGUUGUAAGUAGGGUAUGUGAAGAGGUUUCUGUCACUUUUUAAUUGCAUGGUUCCGCUUCAGACUUUCAGACCUGCAGCCAUGAUUAUCGAGCGUUCGGCUGAUUUUGGCCGCACAUGGCGCCCCUAUCGUUAUUUUGCCUCAAACUGCACUAGGAGCUUUCCAGGGAUCCCUGCCAAUGGCCUGAACCACAUCAACGAUGUCAUCUGUGAAGAGCGCUACUCUGACAUCGAACCCUCAACUAACGGAGAGGUAAGAAGGAUCAGAAAUAAAAGUACUUGUGUGUGUGUGUGUGUGGGGGGGGGGGGUGUUCUUAUUUACCAUUAAAAAAACGUUAUAAAUUUAGGACACUAGAGUGUUGCAGUGAAUUUGACCAAACUUAGUUUUCCUUUAAGGCGAUAGUAAGGAUGCAGGAUGGCUCACCUUUUAGAAUCUCAGCUCUGAAGCUAAUGUUGUGUCUGCUCACAGCAUAGGAAAAACACGUGAUGACAUUACUGACGAAUUAAGUCAUUGAUUUUCAGUGAUAAAAUCAACCAAUCAUCGAUCUCUCUUUCUGUUCUUUUUUCAAGGUGAUCUAUAAAGUGUUGGAUCCUGCUAUUCAUGUGAAAGACCCCUACAGCUUUGAUAUUCAAGGUCAGUGAAGACUUUUAACAGCUCCUAUCCAAGAGCCCAGAUUGAUACACUGAACAACACCAUGAUAUUGUGCAGAGACAAAUACUGAGCUGUCAGACUUACCUGAAAAGGUUUCAUAUCUCCAUCUUAAAACUGAGCUACAGUAAAAAAAACUUGGCACCCUCCUGCCAAUAUUAUACUUCAGAACUUUUCAUUAAACUCUCAAUCUAUAGCUCUCAAGUUUAGGCUAAAUGAAGUGCAUUUCCUUGGAGAAACAAAAACAAUGCUGCUUUCAAUGAAAAUUUGGGCUACUGUAUACUUCCACUCCGGACACCAAAGAAAAAUGUUUGUGUGUCUAAAAGAAAGUAUGUUUUGAGGUUCACAUGUCCUUAUAAAUCAGUUUUAAUCUUUUAAAGAACUUUUGCGGAUCACCAACCUGCGAAUCAACUUCACUAAGCUGAACACUCUGGGAGACGACCUGCUGGACAGACGCUUCGACGUCCUGCAGAAAUAUUACUACGCUAUUUAUGAGCUGGUGGUCAGAGGCAGCUGCUUCUGUUAUGGACAUGCCUCAGAGUGUGCACCAGUGCCAGGGGUGGAUGCUCGGGAGAACAGCAUGGUGAGCAGCAGGACAUACUCAAUAAUACGUUGUCUGUGUUGCUUCUUGUAAUCUGUAAUCAUCACCACAAUGCCUCUGCAGCUAACGAGAAACUAAUUUCAAUGAAGUGUUACUGUGAUUCACUCGCAUUGCUUUUGUGUGUGUCAUAUUUCUGCAUCGUGAUUGGUCAGAUCCACGGUCGCUGUGUGUGCAAACAUAAUACAGAGGGUCUGAACUGUGAGCGCUGCAGAGAUUUCCACAAUGACCUGCCGUGGAGACCAGCAGAGGCAGAGAAUCCACACACCUGCAGAGGUUGGCUCACACACUCAAAGACACACUGACAUGCACGCACAGGUAAUGUUUCAUGAAGUUUGGUUAAGAGCUAAGAAAUGCACAUAAUGCACUGUCAGUUUUUAUUGCUUCCUGUUGCGAGCUGCAGAGUUGUUAUGAUGGCUCGGGAAUGUUUAAGCAAAGUUUUAUGAGACCUUUGCUGCACACAAUAACACACUUUCUAACUCACAAUGACAUGAAGUUCAGCUGCUGUCACCGGCAGUAGAGUUAGGAAUACAAGGGCUAAACCAAGAGGCUUGUAUGCUAACAGAUUGUGAUAUUAUCAAAUGUGAACCUAGGCUUUCCACCUGCCAGUAACUUAUAAGCUUAUCCAACCUGUAUAUGAACUGUUUGGAAAAAUACAGAUGGAAUGAAGAGUUCAAAAAUAGCCUCAUUAUUUUCUCUUGUUGCUUUAUAUGUAACUCUAUCGAAGAAGUUUUAUUUUUUGUACCUCUUAUAGUCAAAGCAAAAUUUGUGCUGCAGUUUUUUAAAAUUUCUUUAUGACCCGUUUCCCCUCAGAGUGUAAUUGUAACGGUCACUCAAGCCAGUGCCACUUUGACAUGGCGGUGUAUUUGGCCACUGGGAACAUCAGCGGAGGAGUGUGUGACGACUGUCUACAUAACACCAUGGGACGCAACUGUGAGAUGUGCAAACCCUUCUACUAUCAGGACCCUCUUCGGGAUAUCAGAGACCCACGAGUCUGUGUCGGUGAGUCAAUUUCUCUUUUGAUCUGAACAUUUCUAGACACGACUAAUACAGAAUCAGAAAUCACUGAUCCUGUCAUGUCAGAACAUGUAUUCUUGUGGGUAGAAGUAAUAACCUGGUUUCUCUGUUUUUUUGUAUAAGCGUGACUCAAUACUGGUAUAAAGUUAGGGAAAAUGGCCUUUAUCCUUAAAACUAAAUGUAUGUUGUGUUGUGAAGACCUGCAUCAGCUUCUGGUAACUUCUACCAACUGUUGGUUUGGAACAUGAUAAUGAUUUACGACAUGAUGCAUAGGCCAAAAUGUAAAUAGGAGGAGUAUUGGCACUAGUUUUUCCUCUUGAAGCACCCUGUUUUAGCCUCUCUGACAUUUUGUAUCAAACAUAAGUAGGGCUUGGACUCGAAUAAAAAAUUUUUAUCGAAUUAUUCAGAGGCUUUGUGAUUAAUUAUUGGCAAUUAAUUGCAUUAAUCCAGUGAGCCAGAGAGUUUGUUAAUUUGUUUGACGUGGACUUACUCAUUUUAGCUCAUCUGGUAGAGUGUGGGUCGAGUGUGGGUCGCUGUACUCAGAGUCAGAGUAGCGUUAGCUUCCAGGCUAGCUGCAACAGGUGACACAAAAAAAACCCAAAAAUGCCCAUCCACACCGGAGCCAAUCAAAGCACAUCCACUCGCGACUCUGUUCAUUUUUCCAUGCGCUGGGUGGGACUGGAAUCACUGCUGCACUUACUCACAUUGGGGUGCGCCAUUAUAAGUGGUUUACCUGAUACUCGUCCAUUGAGAAAUGUUACGCGGUGCAAAAAUACUGUAGGUGUGAUUAAUAUGCGUUAAUAUUUUUCACGAGACAAUAUUACUGUAAUUAAUUAAUCGCAAUUGAUGAGUUAAAGUCCCGGCCCUUGUUAUACACAUUGGUAAAAGGAUCUUACGCAUGUGUGAAGUUUUCAAAAUACUUUCCUCAUUCCUCUCCUCUUCUGUUUUUAUUAAAGCCACUCAUUCUCUGUAUCUCUCUCAUGUUCUCCAUACGACCUCUGACCUUCAGCCUGUGAUUGUGACCCAGUCGGCUCUCUGGAGGGGGGAGUUUGUGACAGUCACACCGACCUGGACAUGGGGAUGAUCUCAGGACAGUGUCGCUGCAAAGCAAAUGUCAAAGGCACACGGUGUGACGACUGCAAGGAGGGGUAUUAUGGGCUGAGUCAGAAUGACCCGCUUGGCUGUCAGCGUAUGUAUAUAUCUGUUUGUGUGUGUGGAUCUGUCACGUAAAAUGUUUUGUGUUUGAAAAGGGUUAAAAAUAGAUGUCUGUUGUUUUAGUCUCUAUUUAAGAUCUGUACAUAGGACAUGAACCCCUGUCUUAUUCUCCGUUUGUGUGUGUGUGUGUGUGUCUCCUUCAGCUUGCAACUGUGACCCUCGUGGUAUCAUCAUGAUGGGAGCUCCAUGUGACCAGAUCAGUGGGGACUGCUCCUGCAAAAGAUAUGUCACUGGACGCUACUGCAACCAGUGUCUGGUUAGUUGAUCCUUUUUUUUUGUUCAACUAAGAUUGAUGUCAUGAUUGGCUAUCAGCAUUUUUGACUCUCCAUGCUAAGCCUACAAAAAGACCAAAGCAAUCCAAAACACAGAACUAGACCGACAGUAAAAUCCUCCUGUGCAACUUUAUAUCGUUUAGACCUUUUCCAAGUAUGAAACCUGUUUUAAUUUUAUCUCAACAGACAAUAAAAAGCAAAUGAAUAAUGUUGGUGGCAUUAAUGGGGGAGAGUACAGCAAAGACAGUUCAGUGAAAUGUUCAGUAACAAAGGUUAACACUGUUUUGAUGUAAUUUUUCCUUCCUGUAGCCUGAAUAUUGGGGGCUCAGUAAUGACCUGGCGGGCUGCAGACCAUGUGACUGUGACUUUGGCGGAGCCUUUAACAACAGGUAAAGAUGUUUCAAAGUGCUGCCUAUUUUUGUAUUUUAGCAAAUCUUAAAUCAGGUUUUUGACUUAAAGUUUUUCCAGGAACAGAAAGGCUGUGAAAUAAUCAAACAGAAGAAAGACCAUAAAAGGGCAAAUUCAGGAUCAGUCAGCAGUUCAAGUUUGCUAUGUUCAUCUCUUCAGGUGCAUGAUGGAGAACGGCCAAUGUGACUGCAGGAGGCAUCUGAUUGGUCGACAGUGUUCAGAGGUUCAGCCUGGGUACUUCUGUGCUCCACUGGACUACUACAAAUAUGAGGCUGAAGAUGCUACUGGACACUCCCCUGGUGAUUCUGCACUGCAUGUGAGUACAUGACUGUGAUUCAGUCAAGUCAAACCGCAGUUGUGUGGGCUAGUUUAUUUAGGGUAAUAAUGAGUUGGACACCAAAAUACAGACAACAAUCUGUUUUUUUUAUUUUUUUACUUUUACAAGGACCUGACACAAAGCAAGGCCUUCAGAUUAUAAAGAAAGUAAAGAGAUAUUCAGGUUAACACCACAAGGACUGUUUAUAGUCACCUUUAAGCUUUUAAGUUACCAGUGUCCCACCUCUCACAAGGAAACAGCCACCAUGACUCAUCUUACCCUCCUCCUCCCCUACAUCAUCUCUCCAUCAUCUCCUCUCUCUCUCUCUCUCACAUUCUUCACUGUGUCUCUCACUCUCUGUCCUCCACACACCUCCAUCCUCUCCACUCAAAGCAGACCUUCAGCCCCCUCCCCCUCCUCCCCAUUCAGGCCUUCAGGCGAGUUCAGACAGUCCACUCUUACAACAUCUCUGCAGCAGAAAUGUGGUGAAAAAAAAGGAAUGCUUGACUUCAGGAUAUUAUGAGAAAAAAGCACCAGUGCAAAACACCAAGCAAGAAGAGCUUAUGCCUUUGUCAAAUGAGGCUGUUGUUUUUUUGCAGGUUUUGUGGAGAUGAGUGCUGAAGGACAUAAAGAAACAGAGAGUAUGCAGGACUCGGGAAAAGUCCUGCAUUACAGCACAGAAUUCAGACUCUACAGCUGAAGUGACCCAUAAAAACAGCAGACAGUAGCACAGAUACCAACCUGUCACAACUAAUUACUGUCGCGCAGCACCCCGAGAAAAACACACUCUCAACCUCACAUUCUUUGUUUCUCACUGUCACGCUCUGCAAUUUGAGCACAGCACGGCUCUUUCUGCUCUGUCUUGUCAUUUUCAUCUUUCAAAUGAGAAAGCUUUGCAAAAUGAGCCCCUGCAGGUUCAAAGUGUUGCCCUAUGAAGCUGCAUAUGUAAUGUAUGAGGUUGGAGAGCUUGUAAAACUGAGCAGCCAACUACGUCAGCAUUGCUGUGGGCCGAGGAUAUGACCAAUAAGGAGGGAAAAGAGCAAUACACUCACUAUUGGUUAUCACCGUUGGGAACUGUUACAGAAAUAAUAAGAAGAAGAAGAUAUCAAAGCCACCUGAAUGCAGAGUUCUAAAGUUUGGUAAAAACACUCGAGAUGAUGUCACAGCACUGUUUCUAUUGCUAGUAUUGCUGUCCCACACUUUUAAUAAAGCUCUUGUCAGGAUUUGUUAGCUGUUUGUGAAUCAAAUCAAAAAUUAACAUUGAUGACAACUUUUUAACUUGGCAAAGGACUUAGUGCAAGUUGCAUCUUAGAAAUUUCAGAAAAACACCUAUGCAUUUAACCAAAGAAAAGCAAGAAAGGUUGAAAUGUCCCUCUUUGUCCACAGAGGGCGCCUGAAUCAGUUGGAGUUCCUCAGAGCAGCACUAGUAAAUUUAGUCUGGUUGGUACAGUCGGUUGCUGAAAUGUAAUCUUCAAGUCAAAAUGAUCCAGACCGUAAGCUUUGUUAGUGAUAGAUGAAAAUGAAUCAUCUCCUCCUCCCCUCAUUGCAGGGCAAAGUUCGUCCUCAGGCAGAGACUGACUGUGUGCAGCACCUCAGCAACCAGCUGAGGAGACACCGGCGUCACCGUCGCAUCACCAACUCACAGCAACACCGGGCAGCCCUGAGACGCAUCCGCCAGCUUCAACAAACAGUAAGCUACUAAUUUUGAUUUGUGGUUUGGAAAGACACAUCUAUCAUGUGUAAGCAAAUACAAACACUGACUACAUUCAGUCAUUGACCAAUAAGUUCUCUGACUCUAGCCAUAACUUUCGGUCAUGUGACCCCUUACUCUGUGUGCCAGUUCAAUAACUUAGGAGCUCAAAAAUCCAUUUGAGGAUCAUUAAAGGCUUUAAAAUGUGAAGAUAUCUAGUCUUUGCAUAUGAGGAGUUUUAAAUCUUGAUAUAAUUAAAGGAUUUCAGCUACUUAUGGAUGCUUUGAAGAUUAAAUCAUCGAAUAUCUACAGGACAUCAGCAGAUUUGCAGAGUUUCUCUGUCCCUUUGAUCGUACUGUGUAACCCCUCAGAUUUCUUGGGACCAUUUUGGACUAGCCGACCACCAGUGCAGAUCAUAAGUCCAUCAUUGGCCGAGUGUAUGUAGGGUGGGAAGGUGCCCUGUAAAAGCCAGAGCCACCAAGUAAACUGAGCAUGAAUACUGUAAAAAGAAAUGUAGGUUUUAUGUUCUUAUUCAAAUCAAACCAAUCUUCUAACAGUAACAGUAAUAAUAGCUGAUCUACACACACAGAGCAAAAACUUCCUGAGGGCCUCCAAAGGUUUGUGGUCAUGUGCUGUAUGCACCACUAGGCAGUUUGACGCUACUUAAGCUAAUUAAAUACGAAGGCGUCAAGUUAAUCACAUCAUUUCAAACAAGUAAGGCUGAAGGUCGAGCUGUGAAUUUGUAGAGCUGUAUUCAGCGUCCAGUAUUUAAUUCAGAGUGCUGAAACUAGGACAAAGCAAAACCAAAGGAUUUGACUUCAAGUGGGGCCCAGACUGUAAUCACAUUGGUAUGAAAUUGAACCGAUUUACAGGAAAACCUCUGCUGCAGGACAAAUUAUGUGGUUUAGUUAUAUGCAAAAUCUAAGUCUGAAACUACCAACAUUUAAGAGUAUAAAGUCCUAUUAUUUUUACAUUUAAUUUGGCAAACCCACCACUGAAACUUUUUAAAUAUAGACCACACAUUUGGUGAUAUUAGAAUAGACACACUCUCUGUAUGAAGUCCAAAACACUAAUGACAUCUUGAGUUGUUUUGUUUUACAUUAUUCUUUUGCUAUUUGUCAUCUGAGUCCUAAAAAUGACUCCAAAACUUUGUACACCACAUCAUCAUCACUAUCCUUCAUUUACAUGGCUCAGCAUUAGUAGAGUCCAGGCGCUUAACUGGUCUGCCUGCAGUCCUGAGUUAUCAAAGACUUAAAUAAUAAAGACUUUGGUGUACUGAAAAAUACACUAAAGCAGACCUCCAAACUCAUGAGCUACAUAAGUCUUUUAUCAAGCAAGGAAGUGACAACAUUUCAUUUCACUUCCCCCCCAAAUUAGAGUGUUGUUAAAAAACAGGUAAUGCAACACAUUGGUUAAACAUACCCCUAUGUGGAUUUUUAAAAAGUGCUUAUAUAUAUAUAUAUAUAUAUAUAUAUUGUUUGACUUUCAACCAUUUGAAGUUAAAUGUAAAUCUUUUUUUAUGGGUCCUGUUGUGACUGGUGAAAGAUGUCGAGUUACAGUGUUACUGUUAUGUCUGUGAUUUUCUUAGCCGGACGUGAGGAUCGUGUAUAGAGAACACACUCCCAGCCACAUGGUCUCAUGGACUGGACCAGGUUUUGCCCGAGUCAAAGAUGGCGCUGGCCUGGUGUUCACUAUUGACAACAUCCCCUUCGCCAUGGAUUACAACAUCAUGAUCCGCUACGAACCGGAGGUAUGUGACUGUCUCAGGAGUAGUUGAUUUAAACUCUUUCUUAUUCUAUUUGAAUGUCUUUCAACUAAGUUGAGUGUUUUUGCCCAUGUGUCUUCAGUCCACAGAGGACUGGGAGGCCAUUGUGAGCAUCACAUCAGUAAAUCUGCCAUCCAGUCUUCGAUGUGGAAACCUUCUACCAACUGAGCAGCUCUUCACAGUGACUCUGCCACACAGAAACAGGUACCAGAACUUUUUUUUCUAUUUGCACAAGUGUGUUUUUGUGUCCCAGAGGGUCUUUUGUAUCGGGCAGUUUGUUUAACUCACUGAAGGAUUGGUUCCAGUCUCCCAGGUAAUGUUAGGAUUUUGUUGUCUUAUGUCUUUCAGGAGGCAUUGCAUUGUUGAAAUGUUGUCACUUGGACAUGCCUCGGCCUGUAUGAGUUAGACUUGUGUUUGUAUUCUUAUUUCACUGUACCCUGUGGUAUGCUUUACUAUUGAUUUACUGAUAACAGGGCAAACAUUCCUGGAAGCCUUUGUGAGAUUUAUGCACAGUGAUAUGAGAAGAACACUCCAGCUCACAGACAGUCUGGCUCUAAAGCUGUGCAGUAUGUCCAACUUUAACAGACCCGACAUGGGCUCCUUCCAACAAAACUAAUAAAAAUCUUGUUAGUUUAAGCUUUACUUGUUCCUCAGCAUUAAGGGAUUUGCAUGCUAUAACCUUGUUCAUAUGUAAAUGAAAGCUAUACAUCACAUAAUUUUAACAUAUUCUCCGUAGAAUCUUCAUUUUCAACAUGUUUGGAUGUUAAUACUAGCAUUAAGUUAGGUCUAUUUCUGUUCUGAAAUAAAUUCUCAUCAAGUAGCAUGUACUGUACUCAACUAUGAUUUAGCUUAGCUAUUGAUUAUUUUCUGAGCUAAAAACUUUGGUUGGAAAGAAAAACCUAUCAAAUGGUUGUUGCUCUAGAGUAGGGCUGGGCGAUAUGGGAAAAGGUUUAUCACUGUAUAUUUUUUUCAUAUCAGUUGAUAUCGAUAUAUAUCGAUAUAUAAAAAAUGAAAUUUAACAGUGAUUAUUGGUAGCAUGUCUUUUGCAGUACAAUAAGCUACUGCAUCUGUGACGUCUUUGUGUCUCUUCAACGUUUUGUCGAAGAGACAGAGAAAGAGGACUGAAUGGUGGGCUGUUUCAGCUGCACAGGCACCAUGGGCUCCUUACUCCGUUCAGGGUUUGUAACCUUUUGCAUUGCGCAUGCUCUGCCGUAUGGCACUGCUUCAGUGCUGUUGGCGUCACGUGUUAAAGUGCUAUGGUUGCGUGUAGCUGCAGCCUGCUACUACGCAGUUGUUUGCUACUUGGUUCUUACUUAGCACGUGAUUGGUUCAGUGUGAAGCGGACCCAGAGAAACUCCCCCUUUUCAUUGGCUAUUUGUAUAGUCUACCAAAACAUGGCAGAAUGCCGACUAUCGAAACGCAUAUUGACCAUGUUUUAUAUUGAUAUUGAGGGAAAUUAAUUUUCGAUGUAUAUCAUCAUCGUUUUAUCGCCCAGCCCUACACUAGAGCUAAAGAAAAUUAAUUUGUUUGCAAAAUAUCCUUAGCAAUGAAGCAAACCAAACAUAUAGGCAGAGAUAUCAGGCUCGGGUUUAAGGCUUUCAAGUCCCAGUGAGGAGUUAAAACCUGGUUGUGGGACAGGUUAAAUUUAAUACUCAAGCAACAAGACUGACAAUAUCUAUAUUUUACAACUGCAAGGUGUCAGUGUCAGGCCAGAUGAUUGAAAGCAUAUUGAUAAGCUGCCUUUCUUCAUAUGUUGUCUACAAAUAUUCACAAUGACCAAUGUAUGUAUUUGACUGUUAUCAAGCAGGAGGAGAUCCGUUGCCAUGUACAGGACAAAAUAAGUGAUAAGAUGUACAUCAUUGCCCAUAGUAUAAGGACUCGCAUAUUACAGCUAACUGUUUUCAUACAGCCCCAUCACAGAGCAAUUGUUUGUGUAGAUUUGUGUGUAUUCUUAAGUUAGGAGUUUUGUCUUACACAUCAGACAGAUUAUCUCAUUCAGGGUCAAUUAAGUGCUUUUUAUCCCUGAACACUGUUCAAGGUAGCAGGAUAAGAUGUUAAGAAAAAAACAGGAAAGACUCACACCAAGACCAUCAAGUUUCAGCCUGAUGAAGAGGAGUUUUAAAUCAUCUGGAACUCAGAGGUCAGGCCCUGCCCGGAUCCAGCUCUCUCAGCAGACCGUAGCUUCCUUCUGUCCUCUUCUCUGGUUGGUUCCUCAGCCAAAACCAAUUAGCAAAGUGAGCCCAAAACACAGAGGCAGGGUCAGGAACCAAACACAGGUAGAGAGGAGCCCCUGCAGAGCAUUGGGGGCUUUAGAAACAGACAACAAGUCAGGCCCUACAGGAAGUCAAAUCCAAAAAUGAACAAUAAACAGACACAUGUUUGAAGUAUUCUUUACUGAGCUAAGAUAUGCUGUUUAGUAUGUGUUAAAUAUCAUCCAUCAAUUCAGGUUUGUCAAUUUGAUUUAGUCAUUUAUUGUUCAGACCCACUUUUUGAAAAUAAUAAGUUUGUGUGACUGUGUUGUUGUUUUUUUUUCCAGGUACAUCCAGAUGCCACGGCCAUUCUGCUUCGAGCCCAGUAAUCGUUACAUCGUGUCAAUCCGGUUCCAACGCCAUGGAGUCUCACACAGACAUCUUACCGCCUUCAUUCUUGUAGACUCGGUGAGUGUGGACUUUCAGCAGACCACCAUCAUUACUCACCUUUAAGUCUGUUCAAAGAGUUUCAGGGGUCUUAAAUACUUCACUGUUGCUGUAAUCUGUAGUCUGGGUUUUUUAUGGCUCUAUCCCACAGGGGUGCGCUUAUGGUUUCAAAGACUGUGAGGCCUCCCCCUAGUGGUGGUAAACUGUAAAUGUAAUGAGAUUAUGAAGAGUUUGGAGUUCUUUAAAUAUAUAUAAUAAAUUCAUGGAACAGACUUUGUAGUUAGGCAGACCACUGUCUCAAUACGUAGUCAUCAUAAAGUCUUGUUAAAAUAAUGCAAAAAAAAAUGGUUAAAUGUUUUCUCCUCCAUAGCUGGUCCUGAUCCCCAAGUACACCGAGCUUCCUGGUUUCCAAGGUACCGAACCAGAGACAGAGCAGCGUCGAGAGGAGAUGAUUCGCUACAUGUGUGUGGAUUCUUUCAUGAUCACACCGAUGCCUGCCCUGGCCGAGAUGUGCUCCAAACUUAUCUGCAGUAUUUCAGCCAUCAUUCAUGAUGGAGCUCUACGUAAGUCCUCUGAAAGAUGCCAAAAAUGACAGAUCUACACAGUUUUACGGUACAACUCUUCAAAUGAUUGAGAGUGUCUGAUAUUUUCCUUUUAAUUUUUUAUCUGCAUGUUUUGUUUGCAGCCUGUCAAUGCGACCCUCAGGGCUCCCUCAGUGGUGAGUGUGAUAAGGUGGGCGGUCAGUGUCACUGUAAACCCAAUGUGAUGGGUCAACGCUGUGACCGGUGUGCACCUGGAACCUACGGCUUUGGAGUCAACGGCUGUACAGGUGAGUCCUUUAUAUGAAGUCUGUCGAAUAUUCACACUUUUACACCUCCUAGGAUGAGAUUAAAGGGACAGUUUGUAGAAUUUCUGGGUAUUUAGCUGAAAAGAUUUGGCAGAAAUGGAAAAUUUUAUAAAUAAAUAAAUGUGUAACUGUUCAAAGUGUUUUUGUGCAACAAAUAACUUGUUUUGAUGAACAACUUUAUCGGUAAAAACAAAACAAUGAGGAUUAUGUAUCAUGCAUCAUGGGAGCUUUUUGUCCUUGAAGGUCACAGUCACUUUCCCAAUAGGAAGGGUGAACAGGGGAGUUUAUCUAUCUAAUAUCUGACCACUGUAUUAGAUUGGAUUAGAAAGCUUUAUUGAUCCUCAGUGGGUGAACUCAUUUUGCAACCUCAUCAACCCACACGAACAACACAGACAGUCCAUUUAUAAUACACAACAAGAAAAUAAAUAAGACCAGAAUAUAAAUACAUUUGAUGCAUCAUUCAGAGCUUAGGGUGGCAGUUUUAGUGUGAAUGGUCAUUAAAAAAUCAGUAGAACUGCUCACUGAGGCAUCACCAGCAGAUCACGUGGAACUGCUCACUGAGGCAUCACCAGCAGAUCACCGAAAUAAUGAGGACUGCCUUUAGUUUGGUUCUUGUUUUCUUCUUGAAGAUGACCUCAAGACAGUCCAGGGUAAUGCCAAUCAACAGCCCAGCCUUUUUGAUCAAUUUAUUGAUCCUGUUUUUAUCAUCAGCACAAAUAUCCCCCCCAGCAAAGCACAGCAGAAAUGAGUACACCAGCCAAGAUAGAUGUAUAAAAGACACGCCGAAGCUUCCUGCUAAUUUCAACGGAUCAAAGUUUUCUGAAGAAAAAUAGUCUCGACUGUGCUUUUUUGAAUAAGACCUCAGUGUUCAUUUACCAGUUAGGUUCACUAUCCAGAAAGAUGCCUAGAUACUUAUAAAACUGGAAAAUCUCAAUCUGCUGACCCUUCAUCGUCACAGGGGUGUCCUCUUCCUAAAUCCUUCUAAAAUCAGCCAUGAGUUCUUUUGUCUUUCGAACAUACCAUUUUAAAAACAUUUGGUCACAACAGCUGACUAAGGAAUCGAUCUGUUUGUCAGUUCAGUUCCUUGGAAGAUAUUAAGGGUGACAACUUACUGCAAGAAGUUUGAUAUUGGGGCCACAUUGUGGUAUGUUCCUCGAUAUUCCCAUUUUUGCACACUGUACGGGAUGUCACCUAAUAAUAUGUAAUACGAUAUGUCCCAAAUAAAGCCCAACAUUAUGGAUUCAUUUGGGCUUAUAUGUUUUGUUUUCAGAUAUGUGCUGAUACAUAAGCUUCUCUAAAGAGCACAUGAUGCAGAAAAACAGUGGUAUCUGCAGUCAAACAAAGCAGAAAUAAAAGGUUAUGAGAUGAUGGUAGUUGGCAUUCAAUUUGGUUUACUAUUUGUAGUCAUUUGUGUAUUUGUUGUGACUUGGUUGAACAGUAACAUGUGGUGGCUUUUUAAAGUUACUGCAGCCCCCUUUUGUGACAGUUUUGAAGCACCUUGUUUUGAUAUUCAUAGUUUGAGUCUAAUCACUGAUAAUAAAGUGUGUGCAAAUGUGAUGACAAACAUUAUGAACAUCUGGACUGAAAAUGACAUCACUGCAGUAAUUCAUAAUUGUAGUAUUAUUAUUCCUGUGCUAAUUAAUAAAAAAAAAAAAAAAAACACCACUUAACCCUUGUAAUGUCUUCUCUUACCCAGCCUGUGACUGUCACCCUGAGGGCUCACUGAGCAACCAGUGUGACUCUGUGACUGGUCAGUGUCAGUGCAGGCAGGGCGCCACCGGGCGUCAGUGUUCAGACUGCCAGCCAGGUCAGUGGGGCUUCCCCAGCUGCAGCCCCUGUCAGUGUAAUGGCCAUGCUGACCUCUGUGACCCCCGAACUGGGGAGUGUAGCGACUGCAGGGACUACACAGCAGGACACCUGUGUGAACGGUGAGCAUCACUCAGUCUUAUCUAAGUCCUCCUCUUUUGUCACUAAACUGACGGUUAAUGUCUCCCUAUAUUUUUCCAGUUGUGUAAAUGGGUUCUUUGGAAACCCUGUGCUUGGUUCAGGGGAGCACUGUCGGCCCUGCCCCUGCCCUGGUAACCCCGGCACGGAUCAUUUUAACGGGAACUCUUGUGAGGCUGACCACACCUCCAACCAGAUCAUCUGCACCUGCAAACCAGGCUACGCGGGUAAACCACCACACUGCACUGACACACAUUUGAAACAGACUUUUGCUUUCUUUAGUUGACAUACUCUCUCUGUCUGUCCUUUAGAGCCCCGCUGUGACCAGUGUGCGUCUGGUUACUAUGGCAACCCACAGCAGUCUGGUGGGCAAUGCCUCCCAUGUCAGUGCAACGGUAACAUCGACCCCCAAGACCCCAGUUCAUGUGACCCCAGGACCGGACAAUGCCUCAAGUGUUUGUACCACACAGAUGGCCCGUCCUGUUCCCAGUGUCAGCAUGGUUACUAUGGAAAUGCUUUGGCCCAUGACUGCAGGCGUGAGUGAUAAUGGCAGAUAUCAAAGUUUGCUCAAUACAUUUUUUUCAUUUUUCAGUCGCAACUAUCUCUCAGACUCGGUUUUUAGACUUAAAGAGGCUCAUUUUAGUUAAUUUAAAGACAUGUUAUUACUAAAAUGUGAUUUAAUAGCAAUCAUUUCAUCAAUACUGUGGACGGACAGAUGCUGUCUUCUCUCUGUGUAUUAAAUCCAUACCUCUCUCCUCAGGUUGUACCUGUGUGUCAUCUGGCACCAUUAAGUCUGCUUGCAGUGAUGGACAGUGCCACUGUGACAGAGAGACCGGAGCGUGUCCCUGUAGGGAGAACGUGGCGGGUCAUAACUGCGACCAGUGUGCUCCAAACCACUGGAACUACGGUCAGGAUGGAGGCUGUGAGCCCUGCAACUGCGACCCUCAACACGCUCUGGGAACUCACUGCAACAUGGUGGGGACGUAUGAAGGCCUCCAAAAGACUGAGCAUGAAACCAUGAGUUUGUGUUCUUAAACUUUGAAUAUCAUCAUUGUUUUUUAAUUCAUGUGUCUUCCAGUUUACGGGGCAGUGUCACUGUCGUCCAGGGUUUGGCGGGAGGCAGUGCACAGAGUGUGAGCAGUUUCACUGGGGUGACCCAAGAGUGCAGUGUCGAGGUAACACAUGUUUUUACAAAUACUUUUGAAUAAUGCAACCUUUUGAAAACAAUUUAGACACUAAAGAACUCACAGCUCUUUUUAUAGAUAGGACAUAAUUUCAUGAAGCCUGUAAGCAGCAAACUUUCUGAUGAGAACUGAAUCUUAUUGUUGUGUCAGAUUUGCAAAAUCACUGUAGUAACACAUGCAAAAGUUUAAGGCAAGGCAGUUUUAUCUUUAUAGCCCUAUUUAUACACAAGGCAAUUCAAAGUGCUUUACAGAUGCAAAGAAACACAUACAAAAAUUUUAAAGAAAGGAGAGAUUUAAAAAAAAUUAAAUCAAAAGGACAGAAUGAUUAAAAAAUCAAUAAGACAAACAGAUGAUUUUUUUUCGUAUGUUCCGUGUUUGACCUGAUUAUGUAUGAAAACCAUUUCCCAGAAAAACAAAAUAAAUUACAAGCUUUCAGACCAGGAGCUCCCCAGAUGGUAAUUAGUUUUCUCUUUGUCUAUUUCGGACAGUGUUAGUUUUCUAUUCUGAGCUCCCCAGCCUUUUACCUGUUCUUCCCAUUUCAUUAGCUAGGUUCCAGUUCGUUCUUUAUUCCCCCUAAGACUUUGAGACGAAGUUCAAACUUGCAUCUACAGGAAUCUCAUUGAUGUUUUUAAUGGCAUUUGAGUUCAGACCAGUUUUUUCUUUGUCGAUGGUGAAAAACUUGACAAAUGGAUGGUCAUACAUGUCAAACAUCACUGGAGUCUCUUGUCCUUAAAGGUCACCUUAGCUUAUGGAGCUUCACCAGUGGGAGCUGUCAAAAUAGAGUGAUAGCUUGAAAUCGCUAAAUAUCCCUGUUUCUUUGCACUGAACCAUUUAUAAGUUGUUCCUUUGGGGUACACUUGAACUGAAUGUCUGCUGCAGGUAGAGUAAGGCACGAUGUGGGUAAAAGGAGCCAAUACAGAAGGCUGAAAAACAGGACAUCCCAGAGUCCUCUUAAUGCUUCCUCUGAGAGCCAAGAAAACCAUAUGAGAGCCUCAAAAUGACUUUUUGUCAUUAGCAAAAAUUGAACAUGUUUACAUUCUGAUACAAAAAUCUGUUUUGGUCUUUUAAACUUAUGACGAUAAAUUAUAACAGCUUACCCCUUUUGAGUGUAGUGCUCAGAGUAAGUGAAAUUAUGCUGAGGGCAGCAAAGCUUCGGCUUUAAGUUAAUGGUAAAAGUGGUUAUAAAUCUGUCUCACUGUUUAAUUUUAAACCUUUUCCACUUAAUUCUUAAAGAAAUGAUGAUGUUAUUUCAUCCGUACUCCAUCCCCACCUCCUCUCUACCUCUCCUCAGAGUGUAACUGCCACCCCCUGGGUUCAGAGAUGGCUCAGUGUGACAGGGUAACUGGGGCGUGUGAGUGCAGGGAGGGAGCAGCCGGGAAGCGCUGUGACGAAUGUGCUCGUGGCUUCACUGGCACCUUCCCCAGCUGCGUCCAGUGUCACCCGUGCUUCCAGCUGUGGGACGAUGUGGUGUGUCAGCUCAAAAGAGACCUGGACCACAUCCAGUAUGUCAUACAGAAGAUCCUGGAGAGCGGGAUCACGCCUGGAGUCGGAGACUCACGUAUCAGAGAGCUAGAGAGGAAGCUGAAGCAGGUGAAGGAUCUGAUCAGUUCAGAGGAGAGAGACAGGAUCCACCAGUUGAUUGGUCAGAGCAUUGAUGACCUCAGGUGAUGAAGUCACUCAGUAUUUUCGAGGACCACUGUGUUAGGAUAGUUCCUGAAUGACAACAUCUAACAUCACCUGACCUUUGUGUUCCAGGGCUGAGAUCGCUCUGACUGAUGGGCGUCUUAUGAGUGUUGCUCGAGAGCUGAACAUAACCGUAGCAGAAGAAGAGGCACUGAAACAAAUACUUGGGGAUCUAGAGAAAGAGCUGAGAGAUGUCAACGCAACUGUGGCUCACAAACAGCGCCUAGUGGACGACUACCUCACCUCAGGGUUCGCAGGUGAGGAGCUUAAAUUUAGAUUUCCUUAAGAACAGCACAAGCAUGCAUUCAAAGUCUAAAAAAUGUGACUUAAAAAAAUGAGAUUUUCAAAAGACCCCUGAAAUGAUGGACUUUUCAUUUACUUUUAAUAAAUAUUCAUCCCUGUUGAAGAGACUUUGCUGGCAAAACCCAUAAGUUCUCUGAAGCCCAUCCCUCUAAAUGAAAUGAGCUCCAGCGACCCAAUUUUUGGAAAACUGUGGGCUUAGCUUCAUGCACCUGGAAGGCCUCACCCACUGUAAAACCCUGUAUUUUUAAAGGGGCACUCUGGUGAAGUGACUUUACACAGACUGAGAAAAGGAUUAUUUACACAACUUGAAAAAUCUUUCCCUUAUUUAUGACAGAUCAGUACGAGAAAGUAAAGAAGUACUAUCGUCAGUCUGUGGAGGCUGAGCAGAAAUGCAAAGCUUCAGUGUCCGGUCCUUCCAGUCCUGUGGAACAGUCCAAAGACACUCGCGCUGUCACUCAAAACCUGCUGGACAAGAGUAAAGACAAGUUCCUCCGAGAUCUGGCUGCUCAGAAUAAAUCCUUGAACGAGCUGCAGCAGAAAACCCACGACCUGGACAAAAAAGUCCAUCACCUCAUACAUAAGGUAGGCAGGGAUGAAGACUUCAUACUGUCUGCUCAUAAUGUUGAAUGUAAAACUGCGGACUAUGUUAACCCUUAGAUGAUUUUCUCAUUUGUUUUGAUUUCCCACUUUGACCAGAUCAUGAUAUAUUAGUGGUUGUAGAGAUAUUAAUGGCAGUUGUUGUUUCCUGCAGGUGUGUGGUGGUCAUGGCAAUUCCAGCACUGAUGGCAAUUGUACAGACAAUCAGUGUGGGGGUGCUGGUUGCAACCAUGGCAAAAGAGUUUGUGGUGGUGAAGGAUGCAACGGGACGGUGAGCACUUCAGUAGCAGCUCUGAACAACGCCAGGGACCUCACAGACAGCCUGAACGCUGCCAUCGAGGAGCUGCAGAACGUGGCCAGAAAGGUGAUGAAGGUUUUUCAAAAAGCAGUAUCGGACGCAUUACCCAUUAUACUAGCCCUCAUCUGUUUGAGACUGCAAAUGAAAAAGUUGCUCUUAAUCUUUGGUUUCAUUCGUCCAGUUCCAGGAUAUAACUGCUCUGACCCAGGGUGUGAAGAACCAGGCGAUGAACACGCUGGAAAAAGCCCAGAAGAAGAAGGACGACUUUGAAAACAACAACAAGAAGCUCAAAGACUUCAUUAAGAAGAUCAGAGACUUCCUCACUGGUAUGUGGAUGCUGUUUUUUCUGGUGUUAUCUACUCUGAAUGAAGAUAUAUCUGAUAAGUUGUUUUCUAACUUGUACUUUUCUCCUUCUGCUGAUAAGAGGAGGGAGCAGAUCCAGAGAGCAUAGAGAAGGUAGCUCUGCAGGUGUUGUCCAUCACUCUGCCGGUGAACAGGACCACGCUGGACAAAAUGAUCAUGCAGAUGAAGGACAGCCUUUCAAACCUCACCAAUGUGGAGGCGAUCGUCAACCAAACCUCACAGCACAUCAGCAAAGCCAAAGAGCUGCUGGACAAAGCUAAAGAUGCUAAGUAAGUGAUACUAGAGUACAGUGAUUUAACUCCUUUGUGGAGUUUGAAGCUGGUUAGACUGAUGCCUCUUUAAAGCACACAGUAACUAACAAGACCAUAGAAAACAAGUUCAUUAUUUCUGCAUGAAAUGUUUAGAUGCUUGUGACCACUGCUGCUGAGUUUGCGUCUGAUAAAGAUAGUCACAGCACACUGAGGAAAAAGAUUCCCAGUUUAUUUUCAUUUGAAGCAAGCUGCAACUAAUUUAUCGUUCAAAGACACUUCUGAUAUGAAAGGAAUGUAACACCAGCUGCGUUUACAUGGGCAUAAAUAACCAAAAUAAAGGCCCUAACGGAAUAGAAAAGUGCAAUGUUAACAUGUUGAUCAGAAAAUUUAGAUCCAAUUCGGCUCAGUCGGAAAGAAAUUGUAUUCUGAUCAAGAGGGAUGGUUUAUGCUGAUCGUUAUUCCGAAAUGCGUUCAUGUAAACACUUCCUCCGAUCAUGACUCUCUUACCUGACUCGGUCUUCACUCUUUAUUUAUUGAGGCCACUUCAGGAGGUUUCAGUAUUUACACUCUGGCAUAAAACACAACUGCAGGUGCCGUGCCUGCUCUUCUGAUAACAUAACAAGGCGUACAUACAGCAUAAUGAUGUCACAUCUGUAGCACAGUGCAAUCUUUGACAGAACAGUAAGAUAAGUAAGCAAGGGCGCCAUCUAGUGACAACAUUUAGCAGAGGGAAAAAUCCUGAAUUGGAUGGAUUGAGGCACUACAGCGUUUGUUGGUUUGUUGACAGCACAGGUGUGGAUACAACUUUUCUUCUUCUGCGGUUGUUGUUUUAGCGAAAUUAGACAACUCUGUGCAUGUCCAAAUGCUUCAAAUCUGAAUAAAACUUGCAUGUAUACGUCAUGAUCGGAUUAUUUGAUUUUGCGCCCAUAUAAACAGUGGAUUCAGAUUUUCCGAUCCCUCAAAUUUUUAACCGGAUCAAGAAAUUUUGCCCAUGUUAACGUGGCUAUUGACAUUAUCUGUUUUUGUACAGGACCAGAGCAGAAAAAGUGAAGGAUACAGCCAAGAUUACCAAGCAGGCUCUGGAUGGUUCAGAGAAAGCCAUACAGAAAGCAAGAGAAGCACUAAAGGAGGCCCAGAACAAUUUGAACAGCACCAAGGAUGCUACAGCCAAGGUACAGUAUUAUAGGAAAUGGAUAGCCUGUUUGUCUACAGAGAACUUUACUGUAAGUACGGACUUAUAUUUAUUUGUUGACGCCCUGUCAGGUGGAUGACAGGCUGAGGCAGCUGGAGGAUAAGCAGAUGGAUAUCAUGAUGCGGUUACAAAAUCUCUCCAUGGGUGUUGAAGCUCUGAAGAAUAAGACAGAGCAGAACAGGCUGAUGGCGAAGGAGGCCAAAGCCAAGGCUGAAAACGCCACACUGGUGACAACCUCACUGCAGCAGGUGAGUAUGUCAACUGAUGUCCUGAUUUUGUCACUGAAAGAGUUAAAUAUUCUUGAUAUCAGAUGUAAAUUAAAUCAGAGCUGACGAUGGUAUGUCAUAUUUUAGAGCCUGAACGACACAGAGAAGCGGUACCGUGAGCUGCUAAUGAAGGUGGACUCUCUUGGCGGAGAGUCUGGAGGUGUGAUCAACGUCAACCAGAGGGCCAAGGACAUCAAAAAGGAGGCAGAGGACCUCCUCAACAAAGCCAACAAGGGGAUGGAACAACUCAAGAGUGAGUGGAAGCUGAACUGUUGACUUUUUUUUCUCUGAGGAGCUUUAACAUUGAACUGUUUGGAGGUAAACCGACUCAUUUAUUUAAUUAUGGAGGUUUUCUUGAUAUAUCUGGCAUAAAUGUCUCUGUUGUUAUGUUUGGACUUUCAUCUUAAACAGGAAGAUUUCAAAUGUUAAAGCAAGACUCUGAGUCUGAGUCACAAAUCUUCUGAACCUGCUUAAGCACAUUAUAGCUGUCUGUAGGUGAAUGAAGGAGAGAGUGUAAAGGAUGUUGACAUGAAGAUAAAAUAAAGAUGGACAGCAAUGGUUUAAUAAAGAGGCAAAAACUGAGAAUGAAGAAGUUCUCUCAUGAACAUGUCUAACCUCCUACAUCCUAAAGUCAUGUUUCCCCCUCCUCAUGUGUGUCUCGUUCCUCCACCUGCUGUCACAGCCUCCACGCUCCUUACUUUCCUCACUUAUAGGUCAGCAAAAAACGACAUUUAGUGAGUUUAAAAAAAAAAAAAACCAUCAUAAAGACACAUUAAUGCUUCUAUCACAAAGACUGAGAGAAGAGGGUAGCACAGUAUUAUCACCUGGUCCAUGGAUGUGUUUUCCAUCAUGACCUGCAGACUGUUUGUAGGUUCCCCAGAAUGAAGCCUUCAUUUUUAAGCUCUCAGUGACUUAAAAAACUCCACAGCAGCACUCAGUGGUUCAGUUUACUGAAACAAAAAUGAAGCAGGUAGAGAAAAUUGUCCAACUCCACAGCUCUACAAAAGACAGGGAUAGCACAGUCAAAAAGCUGUGCCACCACUAAGCAUUUUGACAAGGGGGCGUGGUUAAGGGGAGGCAACGAUUAUGCCACCCAUUUGAUGUUGUAUGUAAAUCAUAUUUAGCACAUGUUAUCCCCUUACAAAUUACAACAUUAGGAAUUUUUGAUCUUUGAAUCUAUGUACCCUAUAGAUAAAGUAAAUAUUUUCCCAUGUUCUUUUAAAUUCACUUUUUAAAAUAUAUUUUUUAGCAUUAGAACUUAAAUUACUGUAGACUGCAUGAAUUGCAUUUAGGCCCUGAGCUUCACAACAUCGACAGUGUGACUGAUGCUUUUCAAAAAGAUUAAAGAAGUAAAAAAGACACAGAUAGAGAUAUACCACAACACACUUCCACUGGAUCAUGAAUGAUGAUUCAGAGUCAAUAUCUUAUCAUGUUUGCUCGUGAUAUGUGGGAAAAAUCUAAAUCUGAAUUUCAUUCCUAUUAAUGAGUCAAAUGUUGGUCUUUGUUCAGUGUUUUUUUUAUUCUAGCACUGUGUGCAGGUUGGAAAUCAAAUGUCAAAAUAUGAUAUAACUGCCCAAAUGUUGAUAUUUUUUGGCUGCUGUAAUAAAACUCGUAUCAGUAUCUUUUGAUUUUUAACAGUAUAUUUACUUGUUUUAAUUUUCCUGACUGGAGCCAUAAUCACCAAGAUUAAAACAAAAAAGGUUUGAAAUAUUUCAUUUUUUGUGUUAUGAAUCAAGACUAUAUGGAAGUUUCACAUUUUUGACUAAAUUAUGGGGGGGGAAUAAACUUUUUUGGGACACUAAAAAAUUUGAGAUGCACCUGUUUGUAUUAAUACAAACUGCAGUCAGCUGUUGAUGGUCGCCUAUUGUGACCCACGUUAACCUCUGUCACUGUGUUGUUGCAGAACUGGAGAAAAAGUUCAGGAAUAAUGAACAGCGGAUGCAGAAGCAGCGUACAGAACUGGACCAGCUGAGACAAAAUGCCACAGUGGUGCGGGACGAGAUCCGGGACCAGGUGCAGAAGUACAGUAACUGUCAGUGAGGAGGAUCCACCUGCUGUUUACAAUAUGCUGCUGCUGUAGUUCAGACCAGAGUCAUGACUGAUGAGGACACCUUGGAAAAUAAUGUGCUGCUUUGGUACCUCCAUGAUUUUACAGAUAUAUUCAUGAUAUCACUUUUGACACAUUACCUGUGAAGUUUUAUAUCACUGAGAUGCCUUCCUGUUCAUGUACUGUAUGACAUUUUCACUCCUAGAUAUCAGCAAACUACUGUAAAUUCUUUUAAGCUAUGACAACAGGUGGUCAACCUGUGGAGAGAACACGUCUCUCUGUAUAUUAUUCUGAGUUCAAUAAUUCUUCAUAAAUGAUAAAAAAAGAAAUAUAUUGGAUUAUGUUACCAGGAAUUUAUUAUUUUGACCAAACGUGGUUUUAAGAUUUUGAGAGUGUUUUCUGUAACUUUGCCAAAUUAUGACAUUCCUAUCAAAAGAAUUUUGGAAAGUUUGAUUUUUUUAAUUAAAUCUAAAUCUUAUUUUUAUUACAAAACAAAUAUCGAUCAAAUACACAAGUUCAUAUUGUUUAAAGUUAAAAUUAUUCUGAGGUGGGAUGUUGGAGAUAAAUAAAUCUGAUACAGUUGUGUGUAAACUGUCAAGUUACGUGUCCUUUUUUUGUAUGAUAACGUGCACACUACUGACUGUGAAUGGGCUCUAUGCACAGCUCCACUUAUUCCUGAACUUAAGGUAGCUCCUUUAUUUCUUCUUCUAAUCCAGGUGUGACUGAUCAUUGUGACUACUCAGACACAUCUGUUUUAAUCAGUUUGUCCGAUAAUGUAAGACAGGAAAUAAAGGAACAGCCUUAAGUUGAGGAAGUAGUGGAUCGGUGACAGUAUAGAUGUUGUUAAAUUUAUUUGCCACAAGAGGGCGUCUUAUACCAAGUGCAGCAGUGUGUGCUCUUUGUCCUCAGUCCUGAAAUCUUUCACUAUAUAUAUUCUGAAAUGUAGGAGAAAAAACAGGUGUAAUCACAAAGUUUCUGUAGAUGGCUACACCUGUGUAAUUCCUUACAUGACAACACAUCUGACUGAAAAAUCAAAACAAUUGGUUGUAUGGCAUUUUGCCGGUCAACUGCAGGAAUGAGACCAGACUUUGCUGAGAAGUUCAAGGUUUUGUUUUCUUAGCACCACAUUCCAGCUUCUCCAUACUUUGUUGUUCUCUUUCCUUUCCCCUGUGUCUUUUAUUGUUAUAUUCUGUGGCUGCAGGCAGGCAGGUAAUGGUAGAUUUAAAGUCUGUACCAAAUGGCACAGACAUACUAAGCAUGUAAAAUUUUGUGGAUUGAAGCAGCAAAUUAUCAAAGGAGAUGUGUGCAGAGUUAAAAAAGUACUAAAUUAAAAUUAAGAAUUCAAGAUCACAAAAAGUCUCAUUUCUACCCUCGAGAGGCCUUGAAUUUGAGAUGGCACUUUUUUACUGAGGCAUGACUGAACUCUUAUCAGCAGUGUAUUUUCUUCUAUUCUGGCAAACCAAUAAUGACAGAAAGAGCAGAAAAUCUGAAUGUUCAAGGAGACUUGGGGUUGAGAUGAGUGGCAAACUAUGAGGCAAUUUAGGCACUUCUGACAUGUGCAAAGUAAGCUUUUAAUCUUGGGUUACAUGGUUAAAUGAUCCACAAUUGUGUUACUUGACUUUUUUGUUUUGGGUCUCAAAAAGUUCUGAAAGAUUUAAUUUGUGUCACAGCACUUUAUGUAAUGUCUUCUGAAAAUUAAACAGAGAAUAAGAAACGAAGCGUCUAAAAACACUGCACAAACUUCAAACUGAGCAAGUUUUUUUUUUUUUUUUUUUGUCAGACCAGCUUCAAUAAAAGUCCAAUUGACCUUAAAUUCCUGAUGGGUUUUGCUGAUCAAAGGGACUGGAAAAAUUGUUACUUGCAUUGGCAAAUCAUUGUUGUGUAAACAAAUAUUCACUUUCUCAGUUUUAUAAAUUUUCAAUGCCGGAUUCAUUCAGUAUGAUUACAUGAUUCUACUUUUCUGCUUGUGUUUUGACUAAUGUCAUUUUUUCCACUGUUGGUUAUGUGCUGAUCAAGGCCAUAGACAUUUCAGUGAAGCUAUCUGAGAGGUUUAGGGACACGUUAAACCAAAGUGACAGUGCUGAUAACUCAUUUACAAAGAGCAAACCGCAGCUUGACACAGCGAGAGGUCAAAGGCCAAAAAGGUUUGGAACUUUUUACCGACCUACUUUAAUCCAUAAGCUUUUUUAUGCAGGUUACUCCAAAUACAGGUGCAAGAAAAUAUUUGAUAGGAUUAUUAGUAUAUUGUUACCUAAAGUAAGUGAUGUACUAAACUUUGUUUUCCUCCACCGCUUCACCCACUUUUAUCAUUUUUACAUGAUGCCAGGCAUCUCUCCUUCUUUUUUUGAUUCUUUCUCAGCAGAAAUCUUCACUUUCCAUGUACUGAUAAGCUAACUCAUACUCAAUAUGAAGGAGCUCUGCUUUUUUCUGUUGGAUUAUGGCACAGGACCCUGGGCUCUAACAAAGAGAGGCUGUCCUCCAGCAGCACAGGGAAUGUGUAAUAUGACAGAGAUUUACAGCAGGCUUUGUUCAAGAGGAGACAGCCUGCAGUGAGAGAUCAGCACACCUGUAACCAUCAGAGUGACUCCAUGAGAGAAGUUUGAACCAGAUAUAUUUUGUAUAGGUGUCAUGAAAACUCUUUACAAAAUAAGUCAUUUAGAGGAUCAAAUAUGGGCUUUUAGUAGAGAAGAAAUCACUUGUGUCUCUGAGUGCAUAAAUGUGACUCCCAAUAUAAAUUGUCUGGGCUACCUGUUGGCAUUCAUGCUGUGAGACUGAUCAGACAGUCAGGGGAUCUGCGGUCAGAGCGCGGCCACGGGUUCAGUCAAAGGGAAUUUAAUCCGUCCAGCAGGGAGCGCGCAUUCCUGCUCACAGACACAGAGAGAGAGAGAGAGGCUCAAAGGAAAACAUGCAGUGGGUCUGUGAGGACAACCUGCAGAGGGUUCAAGUUUGGGAGUCAAAAAUCCAAAAGUUUAAGUCUAUGAAAACAAUUGUAAUGCAAGAUCUGAGAACAAAUUCUGUUGUUUCUUUGUGCAUAAUAGUUUUUUAAAUGGUUUACCUCCUUGUUAGUUAAUUUUACUCAGAUGAAGUCAUAAAUGGGGUCUCCACAGAAUUUUGGUGCUACAUGUGUGCCAAAAUCGAAUAAAAUAAAAUAAAAUGAGUGUAUGGAAAUGUUAAUGAAAUUAUCCACAAUCUUAAUGUCAUCUGGUGGUCCUGGGUUUGCUCUGAGGAGCUGCUUGGUUUGCAGUUGUGGUAUGCCUAAAAGUGUUACACUUUGAAUUGCAUGGAUGAUUCAACAAUAUUUUUGUGUAUAAAGCCUGUCAGGCAUGCCUGUUUAUUAUAUCUCACACUGUAUUAUACACCAAUUAUGCAUGUUUCCUUAAGGUUGCAGCCGUAGUGCCCCUGAAUGUCAACUAUAUAUAAAAAAUAAUAAUAAUAAUAAUAAUAAUAAUAAUAAUAAUAAUAUCUCAUGAGACAGAAAAACAGUUCAUGCAAUAAAAAAAACUACAUAAACUUCAGCUGUUAGUGUUUUUCUGAUAGAAGGAGAUUUCAUCAAUAAACUGCUGGUUAAAUUUGGAGUGGGGAAUACAUGGCGCAGGCUUUGAUUAUUGGCAGGUACAUGGAAAUUAUUGCCAUGUUUUAAACAUUUUUAAUUUGGGUAAGAUUUUCAUUUUAGUUUUGAGUGAUCUGUUUUUCCUUGUAUUCAUAUAUUUGAGCAGCUGACUUUCAGGACCAUUGUAUUCUCCACUUUUAAAUUAAACACUCUGUAGUUAUGGCAGUCUUAGUAAAAGAUGCUUUUUGAGCUUUCUGAGUUUCUGUAGUGAUAUUGGCUUUUCAAAAUAAAACGAGUCUAUUGUGACUUUGCAGUAUAAUUUUACUGUACAUGUCUCUCAUUUGCAAAGUUCCUAUCCAAAACAAAAACUCAAGUUAUUUGUCAGUGAUUAGGUCAGGGUUUUGUUUUAAGUGUGCUGUACAGGGAAAUGGGGAAAAAAUCUGAAGGGAGAUAACCUCUGAAAGAAAGACAGAGAGACCAUUAAGUUAACAUCAUGCUUGACGCGCCACUUUGCAUGAAUUAACACACAAGCGGAUAAUUAGCGACCCCUGUGGACAAAGGUGGCAGUUCCCGGCCACCUUGUACGCCCACCGGGGGAUUCCCCCGACACCGACCCCAAC